AUGUUGGAGUCCUAUGUCACGCCCCUGUUGAUGAGCUAUGUGAACAAAUACAUCAAGAACCUGAAGCCCUCUGACCUGCAGCUGUCACUAUGGGGAGGAGACGUAGUACUGAGCAAGCUGGAGCUGAAGUUGGAUGUCCUGGAGCAGGUAUGGAAUAACCUGGAAUGAAACUGGAAUAAAGCUUAUUAACACUGUAAUAACAUGUAAUAACACUGUAAUAACACUUUAAUGUCCAGGAAUAACACGUAGUAAUGCUAUUGACUUUGUAUCUGCUCUUUUGCUGAGGUAACGUUAUGAAUACAGGCCAGGUCACUUUCAAUCUGAGUCUGUUCUUUUGCUGAGGUAACUUUAUGAAUGCCACUCUCUCAAUCUGACACGUAGAAAUGUGAAAUUUAGAAAAACAGAUUAGGAUAGGAACCAUCAUGAUGACUCCAAAUUGAUAGCCCCGUGUAGAUCAGUUGGUAGAGCAUGGCGCUUGCAACGCCAGGGUUGUGGGUUCGUUUCCCACGGGGGGCCAGUAUGAAAUGUAUGCACUCACUAACUGUAAGUCGCUCUGGAUAAGAGCGUCUGCUAAAUGACUAAAAUGUUUUUAAAAAAUGUAAAUAAUUGUAACUUUUCCCACAAGAGGUCACUUGUUCCAUUAGACCAUGGCUAGACUGAACAGACAGACUGCCACCUGUCUGUCUGUCCCUGCUCAAUAGUGACACCCAGGGACACGGACUGGGAUCCCACCAGUGCUGAUGUCAAACAUAGCCUAGUCUGUGUCCAGUGCUUGAUGAUGGGGAGAGAGCAGUAGCUUCAUGUGAAUUUUAGUGAUUACUUUAGAUGCAGAUUUGAAACAUUCUCUGUUCUACUCAAUUCAAUGGCUUUGAUUGCUGUGUGUUCUUGUUCAGAUAUUGAGACCUUUACCAGAAUGAAAUCAGGGCCUGAAGGCCUAAACAACAGAUAUUGAUGUCUUUACCUGAAUGAAAUCAGGGCCUGAAGGCCUAAACAACAGAUAUUGAGAUCUUUACCAGAAUGAAAUCAGGGCCUGAAGGCCUAAACAACAGAUAUUGAUAUCUUUACCAGAAUGAAAUCAGGGUCUGAAGGCCUAAACAACAGAUAUUGAGAUCUUUACCAGAAUGAAAUCAGGGCCUGAAGGCCUAAACAACAGAUAUUGAGAUCUUUACCCGAAUGAAAUCAGGGUCUGAAGGCCUAAACAACAGAUAUUGAGAUCUUUACCAGAAUUAAAUCAGGGUCUGAAGGCCUAAACAACAGAUAUUGAGAUCUUUACCCGAAUGAAAUCAGGGUCUGAAGGCCUAAACAACAGAUAUUGAGAUCUUUACCAGAAUGAAGUCAGGGCCUAAAGAUGGUCCCCAAUCCAAUUGAUAUACAGAAGUUUUCUUGUUGACUUGUUCUUGUUCAGAUGUUAGUUAUAUCUACUUGGAUAUUUUACUUUGUUAUUUUGACACAGAGUCCUAGUUUUAUCUGUCGUAUCAAUCUGCAAGACUAGUGUUGACUGUUUCCCUUCUCCAGCACACCAAAACACUAGACCAUCUUGCGUCCCAAAUGGCACCCUUUCCCCUAUAUAGUGCACUACUUUUGACUAGAGCCCUGGACAAAGUAGUGCACUACGUAGUGAAUAGGGUGCCAUUUGAGACUCAACCCCAUAACGAACAAAGAGCCUUAUUAUUGGAAGCAGCUUGUACUUGUAGACAACUGACAGUGGGGACUGGGAAUGUAAUGGAUUACCAUCUGGAUGUUUAACGCUAUGUUCAAAUCUAGGCCCUUUUCCUCCUCUUUUGUCGUCUUUUUUUUUUUUGUAUUGAAUUUGGGCAGUUUUAUAAUGUACAGAGAAGUGAUUAGGAAUCCUCCUCUCAGCCAGUGGAGUGGUGGGACUGGAUCCUAUACAGACAGACGUGCUGUAGCCUAAAUCCAUGACAGCUUCUCCUCAGAAGGGAAUGGAAGGAGCAUGGAAGGCUCAGUGUGUCUGUGUCGUCUGGUAGUUUCAUACCACCUAUUCUCACCAUAGAGCACUAGAGCAGACGUCUCAGUGGUUGAAGAUGCGUAACAACACUGUUCAGCCUGUGAAUAUAUCUCCCUGAUUCUCCUUGUGAAAACAGUAUAUACAGUGCAUUCGGAAAGUAUUCAGACCCCUUGACUUUUUCUACAUUUUGUUACGUUACAGCCUUAUUCUAAAAUGUUCUCAUCAAUCUACACCCCAUAAUGUCAAAAGCGAAAACAUGUUUUUAGAAAUACCUUAUUUACAUAAGUAUUCAGACCCUUUGCUAUGAGACUCGAAAUUGAGCUCAGGUGCAUCCUGCUUCCAUUGAUCAUCCUUGAGCUGUUUCUACAACUUGAUUGGAGUCCCAUCUGUGGUAAAUUUAAUUGAUUGGACAUGAUUUGGUAAAGGCACACACUUGUCUAUAUAUAAGGUCACACAGUUGACAGUGCAUGUCCCUAUGGUGAAGCAUGGUGGUGGCAGCAUCAUCCUGUGGGAAUGUUUUUCAGUGGCAGGGACUGGGAGACUAGUCAGGAUCGAGGGAAAGAUGAACGGAGCAAAGUAUAGAGAGAUCCUUGCUGAAAACCUGCUCCAGAGCGCUCAGGACCUCAGACUGGGGCGAAGGUUCACCUUCCAACAGGACAACGACCCUAAGCACACAGCCAAGACAACGCAGGAGUGGCUUCGGUACAAGUCUCAGAAUGUCCUUGAGUGGCCCAGCCAGAGCCCGGACUUGAACCCGAUCGAACAUCUCUGGAGAGACCUGAAAAUAACUGUGCAGCAACGCUCCCCAUCCAACCUGACAGAGCUUCAGAGGAUAAGCAGAGAAGACCCAAGAAGACUCGAAGGCUGUAAUCACUGCCAAAGGUGCUUCAACAAAGUACUGAGUAAAGGGUCUGAAUACCUAUGUAAAUGUUUUUUAUUUUUAAUAAAUUAGCAAAAAAUUCUAAAUCUGUUUUUGCUUUGUCAUUAUGGGGUAUUGUGUGUAGAUUGAUGAGGGGAGAAAAACUAUUUAAUCCAUUUUAGAAUAAGGCUGUAAUGUAACAAAAUGUUGAAAAUGUCAAGGAGUCUGAAUACUUUCCGAAUGCACUGUGUGUGUGUGUGUGUAUAUAUAUAUAUAUAUAUAUAUACAUACACACACACACACAGUGGGGAGAACAAGUAUUUGAUACACUGCCGAUUUUGCAGGUUUUCCUACUUACAAAGCAUGUAGAGGUCUGUAAUUUUUUAUCAUAGGUACACUUCAACUGUGAGAGACGGAAUCUAAAACAAAAAUCCAGAAAAUCACAUUGUAUGAUUUUUAAGUAAUUAAUUUGCAUUUUAUUGCAUGACAUAAGUAUUUGAUCACCUACCAACCAGUAAGAAUUCCGGCUCUCACAGACCUGUUAGUUUUUCUUUAAGAAGCCCUCCUGUUCUCCACUCAUUACCUGUAUUAACUGCACCUGUUUGAACUCGUUACCUGUAUAAAAGACACCUGUCCACACACUCAAUCAAACAGACUCCAACCUCUCCACAAUGGCCAAGACCAGAGAGCUAUGUAAGGACAUCAGGGAUAAAAUUGUAGACCUGCACAAGGCUGGGAUGGGCUACAGGACAUUAGACAAGCAGCUUGGUGAGAAGGCAACAACUGUUGGCGCAAUUAUUAGAAAAUGGAAGAAGUUCAAGAUGACGGUCAAUCACCCUCAGUCUGGGGCUCCAUGCAAGAUCUCACCUCGUGGGGCAUCAAUGAUCAUGAGGAAGGUGAGGGAUCAGCCCAGAACUACACGGCAGGACCUGGUCAAUGACCUGAAGAGAGCUGGGACCACAGUCUCAAAGAAAACCAUUAGUAACACACUACGCCGUCAUGGAUUAAAAUCCUGCAGCGCACGCAAGGUCCCCCUGCUCAAGCCAGAGCAUGUCCAGGCCCGUCUGAAGUUUGCCAAUGACCAUCUGGAUGAUCCAGAGGAGGAAGUGGCGCAGUGGUCUCCCGAGUGGCGCAGUGGUCUAAGGCACUGCAUCGCAGUGCUAGCUGUGCCACUAGAGAUCCUGGUUCGAAUCCAGGCUCUGUCGUAGCCGGCCGCGACCGGGAGACCCAUGGGGCGGCGCACAAUUGGCCCAGCGUCGUCCAGGGUAGGGGAGGGAUUGGCCGGCAGGGGAUGUAGCUCAGUUGGUAGAGCAUGGCGUUUGCAACGCCAGGGUUGUGGGUUCGAUAAAAUAAUGUAUGUGCUAACUGUAAGUCGCUCUGGAUAAGAGCGUCUGCUAAAUGACUAAAAUGUAAAUGUAAAUGUAAAUGAAUGGGAGAAGGUCAUGUGGUCUGAUGAGACAAAAAUAGAGCUUUUUGGUCUAAACUCCACUCGCCGUGUUUGGAGGAAGAAGAAGGAUGAGUACAACCCCAAGAACACCAUCCCAACCGUGAAGCAUGGAGGUGGAAACAUCAUUCUUUGGGGAUGCUUUUCUGCAAAGGGGACAGGACGACUGCACCGUAUUGAGGGGAGGAUGGAUGGGGCCAUGUAUCGCAAGAUCUUGGCCAACAACCUCCUUCCCUCAGUAAGAGCAUUGAAGAUGGGUCGUGGCUGGGUCUUCCAGCAUGACAACGACCCGAAACACACAGCCAGGGCAACUAAGGAGUGGCUCCGUAAGAAGCAUCUCAAGGUCCUGGAGUGGCCUAGCCAGUCUCCAGACCUGAACCCAAUAGAAAAUCUUUGGAGGGAGCUGAAAGUCCGUAUUGCCCAGCGACAGCCCCGAAACCUGAAGGAUCUGGAGAAGGUCUGUAUGGAGGAGUGGGCCAAAAUCCCUGCUGCAGUGUGUGCAAACCUGGUCAAGACCUACAGGAAACGAAUGAUCUCUGUAAUUGCAAACAAAGGUUUCUGUACCAAAUAUUAAGUUCUGCUUUUCUGAUGUAUCAAAUACUUACGUCAUGCAAUAAAAUGCAAAUUAAUUACUUAAAAAUCAUACAAUGUGAUUUUCUGGAUUUUUGUUUUAGAUUCUGUCUCUCACAGUUGAAGUGUACCUAUGAUAAAAAUUACAGACCUCUACAUGCUUUGUAAGUAGGAAAACCUGCAAAAUCAGCAGUGUAUCAAAUACUUGUUCUCCCCACUGUAUAUAUAUAUACAGUGCUAUGAAAAAGUAUUUGCCCCCUUUCUAAUUUUCUCUACUUUUGCAUAUGUGUGAUACUGAAUGUUAUCAGAUCUUCAACCAAAACCUAAUAUUAGAUAAAGGGAACAUAAGUGAAUAAAUAACACAACAAUUACAUAUUUAUUUCAUAAACAAAGUUAUGCAACACCCAAUUCCCCUGUGUGAAAAAGUAAUUACCCCCUUACACUCAAUAACUGGUUGUGCCACCUUUAGCUGCAAUAACUCCAACCAAAUGCUACCUGUAGUUGUUGAUCAGUCUCUCACGUCGCUGUGGAGGAAUUUUGGCCCACUCUUCCAUGCAGAACUGUUUUAACUCAGUGACGUGUGGGUUUUCAAGAAUGAACUUCUCGUUUCAAGUCCUGCCACAACAUCUCAAUUGGGAUUAGGUCUGGACUUUCACUAGGCCACUCCAAAACUUCCAAUUUGUUGCUUUUUAGCAAUUUUCAUGUAGACUUGAUUGUGUGUUUUGGAUCAUUGUCUUGCUGCAUGACCCAGCUGCGCUUCAGCUUCAGCUCACAGACGGAUGGUCUGACAUUCUCCUGUAGAAUUCUCUGAUACAGAGCAGAAUUCAUGGUUCCUUCUAUUAAGGCAAGUCGUCCAGGUCCUGAGGCAGCAAAUCAUCCCCAAACCAUCACACCACCACCACCACCAUGCUUGACCUUUGGUAUGAUGUUCUUACUGUGGAAUGCAGUGUUUUGGUUUUCGCCAGGCAUAAUGGGACCCAUCUCGUCCAAAAAGUUGACUCAAGUUUGCCAAAAAGCACCUGGAUGAUCAUCAAGACUCUUGGAAGAACGUUCUAUGGACAGAUGAUUCAAAAGUAUAACUUUUUGGACGACAUGGUUCCAGUAAUGCCUGGCGAAAACCAAAGUCUGCAUUACACAGUAAGAACAUCAUACCAAAGGUCAAGCAUGGUGGUGGUGGUGGUGUGAUGGUUUGGGGAUGAUUUGCUGCCUCAGGACCUGGAUGACUUGCCUUAAUAGAAGGAACCAUGAAUUCUGCUCUGUAUCAGAGAAUUCUACAGGAGACUGUCAGACCAUCUGUCUGUGAGCUGAAUCUGAACCGCAGCUGGGUCAUGCAGCAAGACAAUAAUCCAAAACACACAAUCAAGUCUACAUGAAAAUAGCUAAAAAGCAACACAAUUGGAAGUUUUGGAAUGGCCUAGUCAAAGUCCAGACCUAAUCCAAAUUGAGAUGUUGUGGCAGGAUUUGAAAUGAGCAGUUCAUGCUUGAAAACCCACACGUCACGGAGUUAAAGCAGUUCUGCAUGGAAGAGUGGGCCAAAAUUCCUCCACAGCGACGUGAGAGACUGAUCAACAACUACAGGAAGCAUUUGAUUGGAGUCAUUGCAGCUAAAGGUGGCACAACCAGUUAUUGUGUGUAAGGGGGCAAUUACUUUUUCACACAGGGGAAUUGGGUGUUGCAUAACUUUGUUUAUGAAAUAAAUAUGUAAUUGUUGUGUUAUUUGUUCACUUAUGUUCCCUUUAUCUAAUAUUAGGUUUUGGUUGAAGAUCUGAUAACAUUCAGUAUCACAAAUAUGCAAAAGUAGAGAAAAUUAGAAAGGGGGCAAAUACUUUUUCAUAGCACUGUAUGAUUUGUUCAUUGGACGCUCCAGUUCUACCCUCCUCUAAUAAUGUAGGAUAUUACAUGGCUUGAAUGAUCUUAGUAUGUAGAGCUCAGUGGAGUGGAGGUUUCACCUAUAAAUAUAUUGAAGUAGAGCUCAUGGAGGGAGGGGUGCCCCUAAAUAUACUGUUUUUGUAGAGCGAUCUCAGUGGAUGAGGGGUUUCCCCUAUAUUACGUGGUGUGAGCUCAGGGCAGUGGAGGCGUUCCCUAUAAGAUACUAUAGUUGUAGACUGAGCUCUGAGGUUUCCAUAGAUACUUUAGUGUUGUAGAGCUCAGUGGAGUGGAGGGGUUUCCCCUAUAAGAUACUAUUGUGUUGUAGAGCUCAGUGGAGUGGGGGUUUCUAUACAAUACUAUGUGUUGUAGAGGACUAGUGAGUGGAGGGGUUCUAUACAUAUACUGUGUUGUAGAGCUCAGGGAGAGGGGUUUCCUAUAUCAGAUACUUAGUGUUGUAGAGCUGAGUGGGAGGGGUUCCCUAUAUAGAUACUAUAGUGUUGUAGAGCUCAGUGGAGGGGUUCUAUAUCAGAAACUAUAGUGUUGUAGAGCUCAGUGGAGGGGUUCUAUAUCAGAUACUAUAGUGUUGUAGAGCUGAGCUCAGUGGAGGGGUUCUAUAUCAGAUACUAUAGUGUUGUAGAGCUCAGUGGAGGGGUUCUAUAUCAGAUACUGUAGUGUUGUAGAGCUGAGUGGAGGGGUUCUAUAUCAGAUACUAUAGUGUUGUAGAGCUCAGUGGAGGGGUUCUAUAUCAGAAACUAUAGUGUUGUAGAGCUCAGUGGAGGGGUUCUAUAUCAGAUACUAUAGUGUUGUAGAGCUCAGUGGUGGGGUUCUAUAUCAGAUACUAUAGUGUUGUAGAGCUGAGCUCAGUGGAGGGGUUCUAUAUCAGAUACUGUAGUGUUGUAGAGCUCAGUGGAGGGGUUCUAUAUCAGAUACUAUAGUGUUGUAGAGCUGAGUGGAGGGGUUCUAUAUCAGAUACUAUAGUGUUGUAGAGCUCAGUGGAGGGGUUAUAUAUCAGAUACUGUAGUGUUGUAGAGCUCAGUGGAGGGGUUCUAUAUCAGAUACUGUAGUGUUGUAGAGCUCAGUGGAGGGGUUCUAUAUCAGAUACUAUAGUGUUGUAGAGCUCAGUGGAGGGGUUCCAUAUCAGAUACUAUAGUGUUGUAGAGCUGAGCUCAGUGGAGGGGUUCUAUAUCAGAUAAUAUAGUGUUGUAGAGCUCAGUGGAGGGGUUCUAUAUCAGAUACUGUAGUGUUGUAGAGCUCAGUGGAGGGGUUCUAUAUCAGAUACUAUAGUGUUGUAGAGCUGAGUGGAGGGGUUCUAUAUCAGAUACUAUAGUGUUGUAGAGCUGAGCUCAGUGGAGGGGUUCUAUAUCAGAUACUGUAGUGUUGUAGAGCUCAGUGGAGGGGUUCUAUAUCAGAUACUAUAGUGUUGUAGAGCUCAGUGGAGGGGUUCUAUAUCAGAUACUAUAGUGUUGUAGAGCUCAGUGGAGGGGUUCUAUAUCAGAUACUGUAGUGUUGUAGAGCUCAGUGGAGGGGUUCUAUAUCAGAUACUGUAGUGUUGUAGAGCUCAGUGGAGGGGUUCUAUAUCAGAUACUGUAGUGUUGUAGAGCUGAGCUCAGUGGAGGGGUUCUACAGUUGAAGUCGGAAGUUUACAUACACUUAGGUUAGAGUCAUUAAAACUCGUUUUUCAACCACUCCACAAAUGUCUUGUUAUCAAACUAUAGUUUUGGGAAGUCGGUUAGGACAUCUACUUUGUGCAUGACACAAGUAAUUUUUCCAACAAUUGUUUACAGACAGAUUAUUUCACUUAUAAUUCACUGUAUCACAAUUCCAGUGGGUCAGAAGUUUACAUACACUAAGCUGACUGUGCCUUUAAACAGCUUGGAAUAUUCCAGAAAAUUAUGUAAUGGUUUUAGAUGCUUCUGAUAGGCUAAUUGACAUCAUUUGAGUCAAUUGGAGGUUUACCAUACUUCCAAAGUUUGUGGCAAAAUGGCUUAAGGACAACAAAGUCAAGGUAUUUGAGUGGCCAUCACAAAGCCCUGACCUUAAGCCUAUAGAAAAUGUGUGGGCAGAACUGAAAAAGCGUGUGCGAGCAAGGAGGCCUACAAACCUGACUCAGUUACACCAGCUCUGUCAAGAGGAAUGGGCCAAAAUUCACCCAACUUAUUGUGGGAAGCUUGUGGAAGGCUACCCAAAAACGUUUGACCCAAGUUAAACAAUUUAAAGGCAAUGCUACCAAAUACUAAUUGAGUGUAUGUAAACUUCUGACCCACUGGGAAUGUGAUGAAAGAAAUAAAAGCUGAAAAAAUAAUUCUCUCUACUAUUAUUCUGACAUUUCACAUUCUUAAAAUAAAGUGGUGAUCCUAACUGACCUAAGACAGGGAAUUCUUACUAGGAUUAAAUGUCAGGAAUUGUGAAAAAUUGAGUUGAAAUGUAUUUGGCUAAGGUGUAUGUAACUUCCGACUUCAAAUGUAUACACACUACCGUUCAAAAGUUUGGGGUCACUUAUAAAUGUCCUUGUUUUCCAUGAAAACAUACUUGAAAUGAGUUUGAAUAGGAAAUACAGCAAAAUGCAUAGGAAAUGUAGUCAUUGACAAUUUUAAUUGAAAUAAUAAUUGUGUCCUUCAAACUUUGCUUUCGUCAAAGAAUCCUCCAUUUGCAGCAAUUACAGCCUUGCAGACCUUUGGUGUUGUAGUUGUCAAUUUGUUGAGGUAAUCUGAAGAGAUUUCACCCCAUGCUUCCUGAAGCACCUCCCACAAGUUGGAUUGGCUUGAUGGGCACUUCUUACGUACCAUACGGUCAAGCUGCUCCCACAACAGCUCAAUAGGGUUGAGAUCCGGUGACUGUGCUGGCCCCUCCAUUAUAGACAGAAUUCCAGCUGACUGCUUCUUCCCUAAAUAGUUCUUGCAUAGUUUGGGGCUGUGCUUUGGGUCAUUGUCCUGUUGUAGGAGGAAAUUGGUUCCAAUCAAGCGCCGUCCACAGGGUAUGGCAUGGCGUUGCAAAAUGGAGUGAUAGCCUCCUUCUUCAAGAUCCCUUUUACCCUGUACAAAUCUCCCACUUUACCACCACCAAAGCAUCCCCAGACCAUCACAUUGCCGCCACCAUGCUUGACAGAUGGCAUCAAGCCUGUUAUCGAACCCGCAAUUGCUGAUGCUCCAGAUACUCAACUAGUCUCAAGAAGGCCAGUUUUAUUGCUUCUUUAAUCAGCAGUACAGUUUUCAGCUGUGCCAACAUAAUUGCAAAAGGGUUUUCUAAUGUCCAAGUAGCCUUUUUAAAAUGAUAAACUUGGAUUAGCAAACACAACGUGCCAUUGGAACACAGGACUGAUGGUUGCUGAUAAUGGGCCUCUGUACGCCUAUGUAGAUAUUCCAUUACAAUUCAGCCGUUUCCAGCUACGAUAGCCAUUUACAACAUUAACAAUAUCUACACUUUCUGAUCAAUUUGAUGUUAUUUUAAUGGACAAAAAAAUGCAUUUCUAAGUGACCCCAAACGUUUGAACGACAGUGUACAUACACACAUGAUGCUUUGGAACUGGUUCAGGUUGUUAAAAAAAAAACAGAGGCAUAAAGAACCAUUUGUAAACUUCCACUAUAGUUUAGCUUCAUUCUCAUGUUUAGGUUUGAUUAUUUAAUGACUAAACAUACUUUAUACUGCAGAGAUCGUACCCUCAUGUCUUGUUAGUUGUCCACAGAUCAUAUACUGCAGAGAUCGUACCCUCAUGUCUUGUCAGUUGUCCACAGAUCAUAUACUGCAGAGAUCGUACCCUCAUGUCUUGUCAGUUGUCCACAGAUCAUAUACUGCAGAGAUCGUACCCUCAUGUCUUGUUAGUUGUCCACAGAUCAUAUACUGCAGAGAUCGUACCCUCAUGUCUUGUCAGUUGUCCACAGAUCAUAUACUGCAGAGAUCGUACCCUCAUGUCUUGUCAGUUGUCCACAGAUCAUAUACUGCAGAGAUCGUACCCUCAUGUCUUGUCAGUUGUCCAAAGAUCAUAUACUGCAGAGAUCUUACCCUCAUGUCUUGAACCCACAUCCCUAGCAUUGCCAGCCCACAGACUCCAACCCACUGAGCCAUUGCAAUCACUUAUUUGUAUUCCUGUUUCUAGGAGCUGAAGCUACCCUUUACCUUCCUGAGUGGUCACAUCCAUGAGCUGCGUAUCCACGUGCCCUGGACCAAACUGGGCUCAGAGGCGGUGGUCAUCACCAUCAACACUAUGGAGUGUAUCCUCAAACUGAAAGAUGGAGCACAGGUUAGUGCUGCUGCUUUAGAUUUAUACUGUAGCCUGCUCCUGAUAAGUGCACUACUCCAAUGUAGUGCACACUGUCAUGGCAUUCCAAAGCUGGUGCGUUUCUGAGUCUUGGGAGUUACUGUGUCACUGAAAUGAGUUCACCUCUUCCUCAACAUCUUAAGAGAGGUUUUUACAUAACAAGUUAUAAUCUCUGUCAUAAAACGUUCCACAGGAAUAGACUUGGUUUAAAACAUAUUGUUGGUUUCAUCCAUUCUAUCUUUCUUUCUAGACUCCUCUACCCAGAACCCCCUCUGUCCCCUCAGCAGUCCAACAGCCCAUGACUCAGUUCACCUCUUUCUAGACUCCUCUACCCAGAACCCCCUCUGUCCCCUCAGCAGUCCAACAGCCCAUGACUCAGUUCACCUCUUUCUAGACUCCUCUACCCAGAACCCCCUCUGUCCCCUCAGCAGUCCAACAGCCCAUGACUCAGUUCACCUCUUUCUAGACUCCUCUACCCAGAACCCCCUCUGUCCCCUCAGCAGUCCAACAGCCCAUGACUCAGUUCACCUCUUUCUAGACUCCUCUACCCAGAACCCCCUCUGUCCCCUCAGCAGUCCAACAGCCCAUGACUCAGUUCACCUCUUUCUAGACUCCUCUACCCAGAACCCCCUCUGUCCCCUCAGCAGUCCAACAGCCCAUGACUCAGUUCACCUCUUUCUAGACUCCUCUACCCAGAACCCCCUCUGUCCCCUCAGCAGUCCAACAGCCCAUGGCUCAGUUCACCUCUUUCUAGACUCCUCUACCCAGAACCCCCUCUGUCCCCUCAGCAGUCCAACAGCCCAUGACUCAGUUCACCUCUUUCUAGACUCCUCUACCCAGAACCCCCUCUGUCCUCUCAGCAGUCCAACAGCCCAUGACUCAGUUCACCUCUUUCUAGACUCCUCUACCCAGAACCCCCUCUGUCCCCUCAGCAGUCCAACAGCCCAUGGCUCAGUUCACCACUUUCUUCAAGUUGGCUUAGGGUCUCAGGCAGGGGUGCUCAUUUGGACUAAUUUGACACGUCGUUUCUAGUCUUGCCGCUCAAAUUCAAAGGUCUGCGUCUCCAGUUCAAAGGUUUGCAUGUCUAAUGAGCGGCCGUAGAGCCGAUUAACCAAGGUGCCUCAGAGCAGCAGACUAAAGCUGACUGGAAUCACAGCCUGCUUGACUGGAGCAGAGAGACUGUUGCUGUGGCUGAAAUGCACCCUGUUGCAUUUAUAGAACGCUAGUUAUGUGGGCUCUGGUCAAAAGUAGUGCUCUAGGGUGUUAUUCACCCUGCUGGAAGGAAACAUUCUGCAAAUGCUCUUUUAAUUCCUCUGGAAAUGUGUCUGGGUUUAUUUGAACCAGUCAGGUCUUGGCAUCAGACGGAGAGAUCAGUAGUUCAUUAGUGAACGGCUGCUUUAGAAGUGUCUGUCUUUGUGAGUUCACGUUUAUAACUUCAAGACAACACAAUUCCUCACUGCUCAGCAAAUGUACUCUUCAGAACGAGGACAGAUUGCCAGUGACCAUAAAUAUUCAGAGAACUUCUAGUAUUAUAGUGUUGCUGGUUAGGCCUAAUUCCACUGGUAUUUUUACAAUUGAACCGUAAUAUGUAUUUGGCAAGUGACUAAAUUGCAGUUAAAAACUGUGUGUUGGUAGUCAGUAGAGGCAUUUUACUAGGCUCAUUUAUUACAUGAGCUGUGCAUCCCAAAUGGCACCCUAUUCCCUACAUAGUGCACUACCUUUGAUCAGAGCCCUGGUCAAAAGUAGUGCACUACAAAGGGAGGAGUGCCAUUUGAGACUCAGGAGACUCAACCAAAGAUCAUGGUUGUCAAGAGUCAAGACAGUCCCACUUCUCUCUCUACCGGCCCAAGCUGCAUGUUUGACAAGAAGCAGUAAUUAUGUCCUUGUAGUUGAUCAGUACAAAGUCUUAGCAGCACCACCACUGAAACUGAACCCAAAAUAAAUAUGUAUAUUUUAUUUAGGUUGGAUUAUAAAUAUUUUCACAAUGGGAAAAUGUAGUAUGAAAGACAUUUUUGUGAGAUGUGUUAGUGCAGAAGAGUCUGGUUGUGGUCGUACCUAUUCUAAACCACCCAUGCUGUUGCCAAGUAGAAAGGCAAGCUGGGAAUGGGGAGCCCAGAGAGCAGGGCACGUCCCUAACGGCACCCUGUUCCCUGUAUAGUGCACUACUUUAGACCAGAGACCUAUGAGCCCUGUAAAGAUACUAGGGGGACAUUUGGUCCUCGGCCCCUGCAUGGAGUGUCUCAAGGCCAGAUGUCCCCGUCAGUAGAAACACAUUGCAAGGGAAGUCAAUUACACCUAAUUAUAUAGACUGCAGGCUAAAGAUUUGUAACACAUGAGCUUGAGCAGUCCAGAACUAAUGGUAAAUAUUAUAGUAUGCAGAUGGCUACUGCUGCAGUGAUCACAUUUCAAGCCCUAUGGAAACUGGAACUUUUUUUUCUGCUCCGUACACAGCUCAGGGUCACGGGGUAGCAGUGUAAAGCACUCUCGUGUACUACUACUCUCAAAACAAGUAUUUGUUACAGAUGUUUUCCAAAGGUUUCCCCAGUCAAGAAAGGAUUUUUGGAAAAUUGCAAAUGACGUUUGGACAAAUUAUUCAAUGUUAUUCUCACCCGGGAGACACAAUUUGGAGUGAAGCCAGACUUCCAACAGAAGUCCUGCUAGGCAGCAGGAGGAAUUUAAAUGAGCUGUCCUUUAGGCUAGUGUACACUACUCUCCUAUUUGAGGGGGAGGUAGGAGGGAGGGAGGUAGCAGGGUCCUUACUGCACCGGCCCCUCAGUUCUGACGCCAACAUAAUGGAAACAGCUUUUUUAUCCUUGUGAUUUGUGACAUUUAAUGGUGAUUUAUUACAUUGUACUGAUAAAGGUAUUUAUUUAACUUCUCAUGAAAGGAUGGCAUUGGCACCCUCCUGUAGCACAGUACCACCUGUCACUGGGAUAUACCUUUAACUGGAGGGAGGGGCUUCCUACUGGCCGUCCUAAACCUCCUACAGCAGAAAGCUGAUCUACACUACAUGAUCAAAAGUAUGUGGACACCUGUUCAACAAACAUCUCAUUCCAAAAUCAUGGGCAUUAAUAUGGAGUUGGUCCCCCCUUUGCUGCUACAAUAGCCUCCACUCUUCUGGGAAGGCUUUCCACUAGAUGUUGGAACAUUGCUGCGGGGACUUGCUUCCAUUCAGCCCCAAGAGCAUUAGUUAGGUCGGGCACUGAUGUUGGGCAAUUAGGUCUGGCUCGCAGUCGGCGUUCCAAUUAAUCCCAAAGGUGUUCGAUGGGGUUGAGGUCAGGGCUCUGUGCAGGCCAGUCAAGUUCUUCCACACCGAUCUCGACAAACCAUUUCUGUAUGGACUUCGCUUUCUGAAACAGGAAAGGGCUUUCCCCAAACUGUUGCCACAAAGUUGGAAGCACAGAAUCAUCUAGAAUGUCAUUGUAUGCUGUAGCGUUAAGAUUUCCCUUCACUGGAGCUAAGGGGCCUAGCCCGAAUCAUGAAAAACAGCCCCAGACCAUUAUUCCUCGUCCACCAAACGUUACAGUUGGCGCUAUGCAUUGUUGCAAGUAGCGUUCUCUUGGCAUCCGCCAAACCCAGAUUUGUCCGUCGUACUGCCAGAUGGUGAAGCGUGAUUCAUCACUCCAGAGAACGUGUUUCCACUGCUGCAGAGUCUAAUGCCGGCUUGCUUUACACCACUCCAGCCGAUGCUUGGCAUUGCGCAUGGUGAUCUUAGGCUUGUGUGCGGCUGCUCGGCCAUGGAAACCCAUUUCAUGAAGCUCCCGACUAACAGUUUUGUGCUGAUGUUGCUUCCAGAGGCAGUUUGGAACUCGGUAGUGAGUGUUGCAACCGAGGACAGACAAUUUUUUUCGCGCUUCAGCACUCGCCGAUCCCAUUCUGUUAAGUUGUGUGGCCUACCACUUCGCGGCUGAGCCGUUGUUGUUCCUAGACGUUUCCACUUCACAAUAACAACACUUACUGUUGACCGGGGCAGCUCUAGCAGGGCAGAAAUUUGACAAGCUGAGUAGUUGAAAAGGUGGCAUCCUAUGACGGUGCCACAUUGAAAGUAACUGAGCUCUUCAGUAAGGCCAUUCUACUGCCAAUGUUUGUCUAUGGAGAUUGCAUGGCUGUGUGCUGAUUUUACACACCUGCCAGCAAUGGGUGUGGCUGAAAUAGCCACUAAUUUGAAGGGGUGUCCACAUACUUUUGUGUAUAUAUAGUGUGUCUAAAGGGUUUUCACACCAGGUCCAGAUCCUGUAGUUAUUAUCUCCCAGCGUAGAGUUGCAUGGACUUUACACUACUUAUGUUAAACUUGGGUUAAGACAAUCUCUCCAUAGGGUUUUUAAAUGUUGGAUAUAGGCCUACAUAUUUUUGGAAGAAUGAAAGAAUUCAACAGUCUGUGUUUUAGAUGGAAAAUCUUAACUAAGUUUAGUAGGUUAGUAUUUUAGAAUAGGCUAGUUUAUGCGUGUGUGGAAACUUUGUGUUCGGGCCUCCAAGAGUCCGCUUUGCGUCGAAGUGUGGAAAUGACAAAUGAUAUCAUUAAUGUGGUUUGUUUUCAUAAUUGCCGUUACAGCUCUGAGCGCUGGCCUGUAAAAACAUCCGUGUUCCUUUUGAAGUUCAUUAAGGAUGGUUAAGGAUCGUGUAAUUUGAGGGUGAAGUAUUAAUGUUUCUGUUCUGUUCUGUCCGGAUGGAUGUAAAGAGAGAGAUUGCAUCCCAAAUGGCACCCUAUUCCCUAUAUAGUGUGCUGCUGUUGACAGUUCUGGUCAAAAGUAGUGCACUAAAUAGGGAAUAGUGUGCCAUUUGGGAUGAAAAUCAGAGAGGAACUGGGUCGUCUUAGAAAGGAUAUUCUAAAAGCCUCCCAGAACCCAUCUGCUGCUCGCUAAGCACAGAGCGAGAGGACGGUUAUAGUUUCCACUAGCACGUGAACGUGGAAAUGUGGCCGUUGAGGAGCAGUUUGAGAUUACAGCUUCUGCUGGCAGUGUAAUUGCCUAAAGUAGGCUUUAAUGAGGACUUCUGUUGCAGAAAUAUGUUAACCAGAAAAAAUCCAUUCAUGAACGUUGUAUGCAGUUUGUUUGUGUAUGGUGUUACGCUGGUCCUGUCUGACUGUGUCAGCGAUGCUGUUACAAUUAGAGAGCCCCUCUCUCUGCUGCGUCAAAAAUGGCACCCUAUCCAUUUUUACAUUUGACAUUUUUAGUCAUUUAGCAGACGCUCUUAUCCAGAGCGACUUACAGUUAGUGAGUGCAUACAUUUUUUCAUACUGGCCCCCCUUGGGAAUCGAACCCACAACCCUGGUGUUGCAAGCGCCAUGAUCUACCAACUGAUCUACGGGAAGCCCAUCCCCUAUGGUCCCUGGUCUAAAGUAGUGCACUAUAUAGGGAAUAGGGUGCCAUUCUCUGGUCUAAAGUAGUGCACUAUAUAGGGAAUAGGGUGCCAUUCUCUGGUCUAAAGUAGUGCACUAUAUAGGGAAUAGGGUGCCCUUUGGGACACAGCCUCUGUGUGUAUCUUAUAAAGAUACUGUCUUGAUCCCCGUCCCCUCAUCAUGUCUGCCUCUCUCUUAGCAGGGCUAGAUUACUGCUGGAAUGCACACCAGCAAUGUCUUGUGGAAAGGCAUGAAACAAUUUAGAACCAGGACUAAAACCAACUCGAUGGAUUGGGGGGAAAUUACUGUUUGGAUUCAUUCAGAAAUCUAUUUUUGCUCAACAUGUUUUGUGUUUCAACUAUCAGGAACUAGAUCAAACCAGAUCAAAUGAAUGUCUUCGAUGGAUUGUCCUAUUGCAUCUAGACUGGAUUACUGGGUUCCUACAUAUGAUAUGAAUUAUACAUGUCAGUGUGUGGACAUGCUGCUGAGCUGAGCCCAUGUGAAGUUAAGUCAGCCUUAAGUCAUUGUCUAUCUACAAAAAGCCUUUGUAUGGGCACUUUAAAGGUUCCCCUCACAGAGUCUAUUGUACACAACUCUUAGCCAUACGUCUUACUGACGUUAUUAUUAGAUAUGUAAGGGAUGUGUUUGAUCUGAGCCCAUUGUAAAUUAAAAAACCUAAGAAUAACCAUGAAACUCUUACGGAGAUGAAACAACAGCUUUAAAUCGCUCCAUUUCAUACAAGGCUCCUAUGGGGAUUAUGGGAAACAUAGUUAUUAAUAGCCCUGGUAAGGACUCUGAGGCCGUCUAGUAUCUUGAUGACGUGUCCAUUGGAAGAGUAAGCUGAGGCUGUAAGAAAUGAAGUCAGUGUUAGCCUAACUAGAACAGCCUAGAUUAGACCAAUAGAACUACUUAGAAUUAGACUCAUUAGACCUGUGGCUUUUUAUUGGAAGGUUUCUGGUCAACCGGUUAUCUUCUAGAUUGACUAGAAUGACCAAGACGGAAGGAAGGAACAUGUGUAUGUCCAGUUAUUUUAUACUAGCUAUAUGUAGUGCUGUGUAGGCUAUAUGUAGUGCUGUGUAGGCUAUAUGUAGUGCUGUGUAGGCUAUAUGUAGUGCUGUGUAGGCUAUAUGUAGUGCUGUGUAGGCUAUAUGUAGUGCUGUGUAGGCUAUAUGUAGUGCUGUGUAGGCUAUAUGUAGUGCUGUGUAGGCUAUAUUGUUCUAUAUAUAGGAUGUAUGUCCAUUUAUGUCCAUUCUCUCAGAGUUCAAGGGGUUUCUUUGAGGAGGUUUUGAUAGCAACUAUCUCAGAAUCAGAAUCACCUUUAUUCACCGAGUACAUUUACUCAUACUCUGAUUUUGACUUGGUGAUAUGGUGGUUCUAGAGAGGUCUGUAGUCUGGGUCUAGAGAGGUCUGUAGUGUGGGUCUAGAGAGGUCUGUAGUGUGGGUCUAGAGAGGUCUGUAGUCUGGGUCUAGAGAGGUCUGUAGUCUAGGUCUAGAGAGGUCUGUAGUCUGGGUCUAGAGAGGUCUGUAGUCUGGGUCUAGAGAGGUCUGUAGUCUGGGUCUAGAGAGGUCUGUAGUCUGGGUCUAGAGAGGUCUGUACUCUGGGUCUAGAGAGGUCUGGGUCUAGAGAGGUCUGUAGUCUGGGUCUAGAGAGGUCUGUAGUGUGGGUCUAGAGGUCUGUAGUCUGGGUCUAGAGAGGUCUGUAGUCUGGGUCUAGAGAGGUCUGUAGUCUGGGUCUAGAGGGGUCUAUACUCUGGGUCUAGAGAGGUCUGUACUCUGGGUCUAGAGAGGUCUGUACUCUGGGUCUAGAGAGGUCUGUACUCUGGGUCUAGAGAGGUCUGUAGUCUGGGUCUAGAGAGGUCUGUAGUCUGGGUCUAGAGAGGUCUGUAGUCUGGGUCUAGAGAGGUCUGUAGUCUGGGUCUAGAGAGGUCUGUAGUCUGGGUCUAGAGAGGUCUGUAGUCUGGGUCUAGAGAGGUCUGUACUCUGGGUCUAGAGAGGUCUGGGUCUAGAGGUCUGUAGUCUGGAUCGAGUGGUCUGUAGUCUGGGUCUAGAGAGGUCUGUAGUCUGGGUCUAGAGGUCUGUAGUCUGGGUCUAGAGAGGUCUGUAGUCUGGGUCUAGAGAGGUCUAUACUCUGGGUCUAGAGAGGUCUGUAGUCUGGGUCUAGAGAGGUCUGCGUCUAGAGAGGUCUGGGUCUAGAGAGGUCUGGGUCUAGAGAGGUCUGGGUCUAGAGAGGUCUGGGUCUAGAGAGGUCUGUAGUCUGGGUCUAGAGGUCUGUAGUCUGGGUCUACAGAGGUCUGUACUCUGGGUCUAGAGAGGUCUGUACUCUGGGUCUAGAGAGGUCUGUACUCUGGGUCUAGAGAGGUCUGUAGUCUGGGUCUAGAGAGGUCUGUAGUCUGGGUCUAGAGAGGUCUGUACUCUGGGUCUCGAGAGGUCUGUACUCUGGGUCUAGAGGUCUGUAGUCUGAAUCUAGAGGUCUAUAGUAUGGGUCUAGAGAGGUCUGUAGUCUGGGUCUAGAGGGGUCUGUACUCUGGGUCUAGAGAGGUCUGUACUCUGGGUCUAGAGAGGUCUGUACUCUGGGUCUAGAGAGGUCUGUACUCUGGGUCUAGAGAGGUCUGGGUCUAGAAAGGUCUGUACUCUGGGUCUAGAGAGGUCUGUACUCUGGGUCUAGAGGUCUGUAGUCUGAAUCUAGAGGUCUAUAGUAUGGGUCUAGAGAGGUCUGGGUCUAGAGGGGUCUGUACUCUGGGUCUAGAGAGGUCUGUACUCUGGGUCUAGAGAGGUCUGUACUCUGGGUCUAGAGAGGUCUGGGUCUAGAGAGGUCUGUAUUCUGGGUCUAGAGAGGUCUGUACUCUGGGUCUAGAGGUCUGUAGUCUGAAUCUAGAGGUCUAUAGUAUGGGUCUAGAGAGGUCUGGGUCUAGAGGGGUCUGUACUCUGGGUCUAGAGAGGUCUGUACUCUGGGUCUAGAGAGGUCUGUACUCUGGGUCUAGAGAGGUCUGGGUCUAGAGAGGUCUGUAUUCUGGGUCUAGAGGUCUGUAGUCUGGAUCGAGUGGUCUGUAGUCUGGGUCUAGAGAGGUCUGUAGUCUGGGUCUAGAGGUCUGUAGUCUGGGUCUAGAGAGGUCUGUAGUCUGGGUCUAGAGAGGUCUAUACUCUGGGUCUAGAGAGGUCUGUAGUCUGGGUCUAGAGAGGUCUGCGUCUAGAGAGGUCUGGGUCUAGAGAGGUCUGGGUCUAGAGAGGUCUGGGUCUAGAGAGGUCUGUAGUCUGGGUCUAGAGAGGUCUGUACUCUGGGUCUCGAGAGGUCUGUACUCUGGGUCUAGAGGUCUGUAGUCUGAAUCUAGAGGUCUAUAGUAUGGGUCUAGAGAGGUCUGUAGUCUGGGUCUAGAGGGGUCUGUACUCUGGGUCUAGAGAGGUCUGUACUCUGGGUCUAGAGAGGUCUGUAGUCUGGGUCUAGAGAGGUCUGUACUCUGGGUCUAGAGAGGUCUGUACUCUGGGUCUAGAGAGGUCUGUACUCUGGGUCUAGAGAGGUCUGUACUCUGGGUCUAGAGAGGUCUGGGUCUAGAAAGGUCUGUACUCUGGGUCUAGAGAGGUCUGUACUCUGGGUCUAGAGGUCUGUAGUCUGAAUCUAGAGGUCUAUAGUAUGGGUCUAGAGCGGUCUGGGUCUAGAGGGGUCUGUACUCUGGGUCUAGAGAGGUCUGUACUCUGGGUCUAGAGAGGUCUGUACUCUGGGUCUAGAGAGGUCUGGGUCUAGAGAGGUCUGUAGUCUGGGUCUAGAGGUCUGUAGUCUGGAUCGAGUGGUCUGUAGUCUGGGUCUAGAGAGGUCUGUAGUCUGAAUCUAGAGGUCUAUAGUAUGGGUCUAGAGAGGUCUGUAGUCUGGGUCUAGAGAGGUCUGUAGUCUGGGUCUAGAGAGGUCUGUAGUCUGGGUCUAGAGAGGUCUGUACUCUGGGUCUAGAGAUGUCUGGGUCUAGAGAGGUCUGUAGUCUGGGUCUAGAGAGGUCUGUAGUCUGGGUCUAGAGGUCUGUAGUCUGGGUCUAGAGGUCUGUAGUCUGGGUCUAGAGAGGUCUGUAGUCUGGGUCUAGAGAGGUCUGUAGUCUGGGUCUAGAGAGGUCUGUAGUCUGGGUCUAGAGGUCUGUAGUCUGGGUCUAGAGGUCUGUAGUCUGGGUCUAGAGAGGUCUGUAGUCUGGGUCUAGAGGUCUGUAGUCUGGGUCUAGAGAGGUCUGUAGUCUGGGUCUAGAGAGGUCUGUAGUCUGGGUCUAGAGAGGUCUGUAGUCUGGGUCUAGAGAGGUCUGUACUCUGGGUCUAGAGAGGUCUGUAGUCUGGGUCUAGAGAGGUCUGUAGUCUGGGUCUAGAGAGGUCUGUAGUCUGGGUCUAGAGGUCUGUAGUCUGGGUCUAGAGAGGUCUGUAGUCUGGGUCUAGAGAGGUCUGUAGUCUGGGUCUAGAGAGGUCUGUACUCUCUCCGACUGCCAAACACAUUGAUUUUCAUGCAUAUUUAUAACCUGUAUGGUUCCUCCAGCUAUAGACUAAAUAAAGGACUAUGCACUCUAUGCUGCACACUGCAUCAAGCUAUCUCUGAACUGUAUUCUAAAUAACUGCACUAUACUGCAUCAAGCUAUCUCUGAACUGUACUCUAAAUAACUGCACUAUACUGCAUCAAGCCAUCUCUGAACUGUAUUCUAAAUAACUGCACUAUACUGCAUCAAGCCAUCUCUGAACUGUACUCUAAAUAACUGCACUAUACUGCAUCAAGCCAUCUCUGAACUGUACUCUAAAUAACUGCACUAUACUGCAUCAAGCCAUCUCUGAACUGUACUCUAAAUAACUGCACUAUACUGCAUCAAGCCAUCUCUGAACUGUACUCUAAAUAACUGCACUAUACUGCAUCAAGCCAUCUCUGAACUGUACUCUAAAUAUCUGCACUAUACUGUUUUUGCACUCUGUUCAUCUCUCUGCAUUUAGAUAUAUUUAGAUAUAUUGAUACUGUACAUUUGUACAUCCACUGUGUAUCAUCCGUAUAUCCGCUGUAUAUCAUCCGUAUAUCCGCUGAUUAUCAUCCGUAUAUCCGCUGUAUAUCAUCCAUAUAUCUGCUGUAUAUCAUCCGUAUAUCAGCUGUAUAUCAUCCGUAUAUCAGCUGUAUAUCAUCCGUAUAUCCGCUGUAUAUCAUCCGUAUAUCCGCUGUAUAUCAUCCGUAUAUCCGCUGUAUAUCAUCCGUAUAUCCGCUGUAUAUCAUCCGUAUAUCCGCUGUAUAUCAUCCGUAUAUCCGCUGUAUAUGAGCUGUAUGUCAUCCGUAUAUCAGCUGUAUAUCAUCCGUAUAUCAGCUGUAUAUCAUCCGUAUAUCAGCUGUAUAUCAUCCGUAUAUCCGCUGUAUAUCAUCCGUAUAUCCGCUGUAUAUCAUCCGUAUAUCCGCUGUAUAUCAUCCGUAUAUCCGCUGUAUAUCAUCUGCAUAUCUGCUGUAUAUCAUCCGUAUACCCGCUGUAUAUCAUCCGUAUAUCCGCUGUAUAUCAUCCGUAUAUCCGCUGUAUAUCAUCCGUAUAUCCGCUGUAUAUGAGCUGUAUGUCAUCCGUAUAUAUGCUGUAUAUCAUCCGUAUAUCAGCUGUAUAUCAUCCGUAUAUCCGCUGUAUAUCAUCCGUAUAUCCGCUGUAUAUCAUCCGUAUAUCCGCUGUAUAUCAUCCGUAUAUCCGCUGUAUAUGAGCUGUAUGUCAUCCGUAUAUAUGCUGUAUAUCAUCCGUAUAUCAUCCGUAUAUCCGCUGUAUAUCAUCCGUAUAUCCGCUGUAUAUCAUCCGUAUAUCCGCUGUAUAUCAUCCGUAUAUCCGCUGUAUAUCAUCCGUAUAUCCGCUGUAUAUCAUCCGUAUAUCCGCUGUAUAUCAUCCGUAUAUCCGCUGUAUAUCAUCUGUAUAUCCGCUGUAUAUCAUCUGCAUAUCUGCUGUAUAUCAUCCGUAUACCCGCUGUAUAUCAUCCGUAUAUCCGCUGUAUAUCAUCUGCAUAUCUGCUGUAUAUCAUCCGUAUAUCAGCUGUAUAUCAUCCGUAUAUCCGCUGUAUAUCAUCCGUAUAUCCGCUGUAUAUCAUCCAUAUAUCCGCUGUAUAUCAUCCGUAUAUCCGCUGUAUAUCAUCCGUAUAUCCGCUGUAUAUCAUCCGUAUAUCUGCUGUAUAUCAUCCGUAUAUCCGCUGUAUAUGAGCUGUAUGUCAUCCGUAUAUAUGCUGUAUAUCAUCCGUAUAUCAGCUGUAUAUCAUCCGUAUAUCCGCUGUAUAUGAUCCGUAUAUCCGCUGUAUAUCAUCCGUAUAUCCGCUGUAUAUGAGCUGUAUGUCAUCCGUAUAUAUGCUGUAUAUCAUCCGUAUAUCAGCUGUAUAUCAUCCGUAUAUCCGCUGUAUAUCAUCCGUAUAUCCGCUGUAUAUCAUCCGUAUAUCCGCUGUAUAUCAUCCGUAUAUCCGCUGUAUAUCAUCCGUAUAUCCGCUGUAUAUCAUCCGUAUAUCCGCUGUAUAUCAUCCGUAUAUCCGCUGUAUAUCAUCCGUAUAUCCGCUGUAUAUCAUCUGCAUAUCUGCUGUAUAUCAUCCGUAUACCCGCUGUAUAUCAUCCGUAUAUCAUCCGUAUACCCGCUGUAUAUCAUCCGUAUAUCCGCUGUAUAUUUGUCUAUCUGCUUAUUCUCUUAUGGCUCUAUGUGCCAGGGGGUUGAGGUCAGGGCUCUACGUGCCAGUCAAGUUCUUCCACAUCGAUCUCGACAAACCAUUUCUGUAUGGACCUCGCUUUGUGCAUGGGGGCAUUGUCAUGCUGAAACAGGAAAGGGCCUUCCCCAAACCGUUGCCACAAAGUUGGAAGCACAGAAUCGUCUAGAAUGUAAUUGUAUGCUGUAGCGUUAAGAUUUCCCUUCACUGGAACUAAGGGGCCUAGCCCGAACCAUGAAAAACAGCCCCAGACCAUUAUUCCUCCUCUACCAACCUUUACAGUUGGCACUAUGCAUUGGGGCAGGUAGCGUUCUCCUGGCAUUCGCCAAACCCAGAUUCGUCUGUCGGACUGCCAGAUGGUGAAGCGUGAUUCAUCACUCCAGAGAACGGGUUUCCACUGCUCCAGAGUCCAAUGGCAGCGAGCUUUACACCACUCCAGCCGACGCUUGGCAUUACGCAUGGUGAUCUUAGGCUUGUGUGCGGCUGCUGGGCCAUGGAAACCCAUCUUCUAACAAGUGGUUGGUUCAGAAUGAUAAGUACUGUAUGUGUGGGAGAGAAUAUCUGCUCUGUUCUGUUGGUGGUGUGAUGAUGCCCACCAUACAUUUAGAUGUAAACACUACUGCUCCUUCAGUUUCUAUAAAACAUGACAACGUGUCUUGCUCUCAAGACUCACCCCACAGUCCCACAGAACAGGCCCAUCAUCUAACCCCACAGUCACACAGAACAGGCCCAUCAUCUAACCCCACAGUCCCACAGAACAGGCCCAUCAUCAAACCCCACAGUCCCACAGAACAGGCCCAUCAUCUAACCCCACAGUCCCACAGAGCAGGCCCAUCAUCUAACCCCACAGUCCCACAGAACAGGCCCAUCACCUAACCCCACAGUCCCACAGAACAGGCCCAUCAUCUGACCCCACAGUCCCACAGAACAGGCCCAUCAUCGAACCCCACAGUCCCACAGAACAGACCCAUCAUCUAACCCCACAGUCCCACAGAACAGACCCAUCAUCUAACCCCACAGUCCCACAGAACAGGCCCAUCAUCUAACCCCACAGUCCCACAGAACAGACAAUCAUCUAACCCCACAGUCCCACAGAACAGGCCCAUCAUCUAACCACACAGUCCCACAGAACAGACCCAUCAUCUAACCCCACAGUCCCACAGAACAGACCCAUCAUCUAACCCCACAGUCCCACAGAACAGGCCCAUCAUCUAACCCCACAGUCCCACAGAACAGACCCAUCAUCUAACCCCACAGUCCCACAGAACAGACCCAUCAUCUAAUCCCACAGUCCCACAGAACAGGCCCAUCAUCGAACCCCACAGUCCCACAGAACAGGCCCAUCAUCUAACCCCACAGUCCCACAGAACAGGCCCAUCAUCUGGCUUCAAGCUUAACACUCUCUCCAGUUAAACGGAUAAAAAACAUAUUGCGGAGAGGACAGAAUUCCCCAAGACGUUGUGGUGGUCUAGGGUAACGUCCCAAAUGGCACCCUAUUCCCUAUAUAGUGCACUACUUUAGACCAGAGAAUGGAACCCUAUUCCCUAUAUAGUGCACUACUUUAGACCAGAGAAUGGCACCCUAUUCCCUCUAUAGUGCACUACUUUAGACCAGAGAAUGGCACCCUAUUCUCUAUAUAGUGCACUACUUUAGACCAGAGAAUGGCACCCUAUUCCCUCUAUAGUGCACUACUUUAGACCAGAGAAUGGCACCCUAUUCCCUCUAUAGUGCACUACUUUAGACCAGAGAAUGGCACCCUAUUCCCUCUAUAGUGCACUACUUUAGACCAGAGAAUGGCACCCUAUUCCCUCUAUAGUGCACUACUUUUCUAGGGCAGCCCUGUGGGUGGGUGCACUAUAGAGGGAAUAGGGUGCCAUUUGGGACGCAGCCUAGCUGGUAAUUAAACAGUUCACAGCUAGCAGAGAGAGAGUUCUCGUUUUAUUUUAGGAGACAAGAGAUAAGACUGGGUUUUCCAGAUGAGGUCUUGGCUGGGUUUGGCGGCACUGUGCUGCUUGAUCUGUUCAGUUUUACCGCCAUCAGUGGAUUCACUCCUGAUGUGGAUGUUCUGAUUGAUGCUUUGCCUCAAGAUGAUUUGGGGAGGUUCUCCCUCAACUCCCCUCCCCUCCCCUUCUCUCCCUCCAUCCCUCCCUCUGAGACUUGUUGGUUUGGCACCGUUCACCACCAGGCCUUAAUUCUGCAGCAGUAUCAAGAUUCCUUUCAAACUAUUUUUAGUGCCUCUCUCCCUCUUCACACAACCUCCCUGCUUCUAAAUAAUGGCUAAUACAUGUGAAUUAGGGCUCCUUUUCACUGGGAACCCAAGCUGUUAUUCCACUACACUCUAUUUUCCUAUAGAGGUUACUCAACCCAACAUGCCUUUAUAUAAGCUGCUACCCCUUUGUUAUAAUGUAGUGGUCCUCUGUAGCUCAAUUAGUAGAGCGUGAUGCUUGUAACGCCAGGGUAGUGGGUUCGAUCCCCGGGACCACCCAUACAAAAAUGUAUGCACACAUGACUAUAAGUCGCUUAGGAUAAAAGCGUCUGCUAUAUGGCAUAUUAUUAUUAUUAUUAUUAUUAUUAUUAUUAUUAUUAUUAUUAUUAUUAUUAUGUACUGAUGAAUUACUGAAAUAUACGUCAACAUCAUCUGUCAUAUGUUUUAAAGGGUUAUUAAAGCAACACUAUCCAGGACCAUGGAGUUUAAACUGUAGUAUGGUUUGUAACCUUAACUACCCUGCUGUCUGCCUGCCGUUGGUUGGUUCAUACCAGAAGCUGCUCUUCUGGAUGGAUGCUACCAUUCUACCAGCUGUGGUUUCCCACCCAGGAGUUCAACCCACAACCCAGUGAUUACCCAACCAGAGACCAGAGAUAUUGUGUGUGAGCCUGUCUGGGCUGACUGGGUUAAGUGCUGCCUCCCUCCUUCCCUCCUGUCUGUCAGGGACGGCCAUCGCACUGUACUGUUUCUAGGCUAUCAAUUUACAAUUGAGUCAUUUAGCAGACGCUCUUAUGCCGAGCGACUUACAGUAGUGAGUGCAUACAUUUUCGUACUAUGUCUGGCUGGUCUAAAGUAGUGCACUAAACAGGGAAUAGGGCACCAUUUAGGACGCAGCCCCCUAUACAGUUUUUUCUCCUCCUAUCUUCCUAUUGAUGGGCUUGAACCAGUUCCUGAUGGGGAACACACACCGGUGUAAGACAGUCAUUCUGUUACUAUGGUGUAAUAUGUAGAAACAGUACCGUUUUCUCAGAGAAAGGCCCAGGGUUCGUCCCAAAUGGCACCCUAUUCCCUAUAUAGUGGUCAAAAUUAGUGCACUAUAUAGGGAAUAGGGUGCCAUUUGGAUCACACCCUCAGAGAAAGGCCCCUCCAGUGCCCUGACUGUCCAUGUUUUCCUCCUCUGUGAAGCUGACUGACUGUCCAUGUUCUCCUCCUCUGUGAAGCUGACUGACUGUCCAUGUUCUCCUCCUCUGUGAAGCUGACUGACUGUCCAUGUUCUCCUCUGAGAAGCUGACUGACUGUCCAUGUUCUCCUCCUCUGUGAAGCUGACUGACUGUCCAUGUUCUCCUCCUCUGUGAAGCUGACUGACUGUCCAUGUUCUCCUCCUCUGUGAAGCUGACUGACUGUCCAUGUUCUCCUCCUCUGUGAAUCUGACUGACUGUCCAUGUUCUCCUCCUCUGUGAAGCUGACUGACUGUCCAUGUUCUCCUCCUCUGUGAAGAUGACUGACUGUCCAUGUUCUCCUCCUCUGUGAAGCUGACUGACUGUCCAUGUUCUCCUCCUCUUUGAAGCUGACUGACUGUCCAUGUUCUCCUCCUCUGUGAAGCUAGGUACAUAAAUGGAGAAGUGGAGCUAGGAAAAGAAAGCAGGCUGUGGAAGUUUGUAAUCAGAUAGCACAAACUGGAUAAUCUCUGUCCCAAUGCCGUCCGGAAAGCUUGCCUUUGAUUCGGCAGCUGGAGGAGAGCAAAUGGCUUAUAGAGAUUCCUCUCCAUAAAGCCGUCUGAUCAGCAAGCAGGGGAGGAGAGGAGGGCUGGGCUGGGCCUUUCCUUCAGGAGGGAGGAGGAGAGGAGUAGUGGAGCGCUGGGCCUUUCCUUCAGGAGGAGGAGGAGAGGAGUAGUGGAGCGCUGGGCCUUUCCUUCAGGAGGAGAGGAGUAGUGGAGCGCUGGGCCUUUCCUUCAAGAGGAGGAGAGGAGUAGUGGAGCACUGGGCCUUUCCUUCAGGAGGAGGAGGAGAGGAGUAGUGGAGCGCUGGGCCUUUCCUUCAGGAGGGAGGAGGAGAGGAGUAGUGGAGCGCUGGGCCUUUCCUUCAGGAGGAGGAGGAGAGGAGUAGUGGAGCGCUGGGCCUUUCCUUCAGGAGGAGGAGGAGAGGAGUAGUGGAGCGCUGGGCCUUUCCUUCAGGAGGAGGAGGAGAGGAGUAGUGGAGCGCUGGGCCUUUCCUUCAGGAGGGAGGAGGAGAGGAGUAGUGGAGUGCUGGGCCUUUCCUUCAGGAGGGAGGAGGAGAGGAGUAGUGCAGCGCUGGGCCUUUCCUUCAGGAGGAGGAGGAGAGGAGUAGUGGAGCGCUGGGCCUUUCCUUCAGGAGGAGGAGGAGAGGAGUAGUGGAGCGCUGGGCCUUUCCUUCAGGAGGGAGGAGGAGGAGAGGAGUAGUGGAGUGCUGGGCCUUUCCUUCAGGAGGGAGGAGGAGAGGAGUAGUGGAGCGCUGGGCCUUUCCUUCAGGAGGAGGAGGAGAGGAGUAGUGGAGCGCUGGGCCUUUCCUUCAGGAGGGAGGAGGAGAGGAGUAGUGGAGCGCUGGGCCUUUCCUUCAGGAGGGAGGAGGAGAGGAGUAGUGGAGCGCUGGGCCUUUCCUUCAGGAGGGAGGAGGAGAGGAGUAGUGGAGCGCUGGGCCUUUCCUUCAGGAGGAGGAGGAGAGGAGUAGUGGAGCGCUGGGCCUUUCCUUCAGGAGGGAGGAGGAGAGGAGUAGUGGAGCGCUGGGCCUUUCCUUCAGGAGGAGGAGGAGAGGAGUAGUGGAGCGCUGGGCCUUUCCUUCAGGAGGGAGGAGGAGAGGAGUAGUGGAGCGCUGGGCCUUUCCUUCAGGAGGGAGGAGGAGAGGAGUAGUGGAGCGCUGGGCCUUUCCUUCAGGAGGAGGAGGAGAGGAGUAGUGGAGCGCUGGGCCUUUCCUUCAGGAGGGAGGAGGAGGAGAGGAGUAGUGGAGCGCUGGGCCUUUCCUUCUGGAGGGAGGAGGAGAGGAGUAGUGGAGCGCUGGGCCUUUCCUUCAGGAGGAGGAGGAGAGGAGUAGUGGAGCGCUGGGCCUUUCCUUCAGGAGAGAGGAGGACGAGUAGUGGAGCACUGGGCCUUUCCUUCAGGAGGGAGAAGGAGAGGAGUAGUGGAGCGCUGGGCCUUUCCUUCAGGAGAGAGGAGGACGAGUAGUGGAGCACUGGGCCUUUCCUUCAGGAGGGAGGAGGAGAGGAGUAGUGGAUCGCUGGGCCUUUCCUUCAGGAGGGAGGAGGAGAGGAGUAGUGGAGCGCUGGGCCUUUCCUUCAAGAGGAGGAGAGGAGUAGUGGAGCACUGGGCCUUUCCUUCAGGAGGGAGGAGGAGAGGAGUAGUGGAGUGCUGGGCCUUUCCUUCAGGAGAGAGGAGGAGAGGAGUAGUGGAGCGCUGGGCCUUUCCUUCAGGAGGGAGGAGGAGAGGAGUAGUGGAGUGCUGGGCCUUUCCUUCAGGAGAGAGGAGGAGAGGAGUAGUGGAGCGCUGGGCCUUUCCUUCAGGAGGAGGAGGAGAGGAGUAGUGGAGCGCUGGGCCUUUCCUUCAGGAGAGAGGAGGAGAGGAGUAGUGGAGCACUGGGCCUUUCCUUCAGGAGGAGGAGGAGAGGAGUAGUGGAGCGCUGGGCCUUUCCUUCAGGAGGGAGGAGGAGAGGAGUAGUGGAGCGCUGGGCCUUUCCUUCAGGAGGGAGGAGGAGAGGAGUAGUGGAGUGCUGGGCCUUUCCUUCAAGAGGAGGAGAGGAGUAGUGGAGCACUGGGCCUUUCCUUCAGGAGGGAGGAGGAGAGGAGUAGUGGAGUGCUGGUCCUUUCCUUCAGGAGGGAGAAAGAGAGGAGUAGUGGAGCGCUGGGCCUUUCCUUCAGGAGGGAGGAGGAGGAGGCAAGGAGAAGAGAAGAAAUGCAGUUUUAGACAUUUUGUAUUGUUUAAUUUGUAACCCCUUUUAGCUAGUAACUUUUUCCUAACCUUCUGGCCUGUUCUACUGCUCCAGUGACAUGUUCUAAAGGUUGAUACCUCAGGCUGUGAGUCAGGGCAUCAAGCUGUCCCUAACCCUGCAGGGGGUUCUAUAUUAGUACUACAGUAUUCCUCUGGGGGUACUAUGUUAGUACUACAGUAUUCCUCUGGGGGUUCUAUGUUAGUACUACAGUACUCCUCUGGGGGUACUAUGUUAGUACUACAGUACUCCUCUGGGGGUUCUAUGUUAAUACUACAGUACUCCUCUGGGGGUACUAUGUUAGUACUACAGUACUCCUCUGGGGGUUCUAUAUUAGUACUACAGUACUCCUCUGGGGAUACUAUGUUAGUACUACAGUACUCCUAUGGGGGUACUAUGUUAGUACUACAGUACUCCUCUGGGGAUACUAUGUUAGUACUACAGUACUCCUCUGGGGGUUCUAUAUUAGUACUACAGUACUCCUCUGGGGAUACUAUGUUAGUACUACAGUACUCCUCUGGGGGUACUAUGUUAGUACCACAGUACUCCUCUGGGGGUACUAUGUUAGUACUACAGUACUCCUCUGGGGAUACUAUGUUAGUACUACAGUACUCCUCUGGGGAUACUAUGUUAGUACUACAGUACUCCUCUGGGGAUACUAUGUUAGUACUACAGUACUUCUCUGGGGGUACUAUGUUAGUACUACAGUACUCCUCUGGGGGUUCUAUAUUAGUACUACAGUACUCCUCUGGGGAUACUAUGUUAGUACUACAGUACUCCUCUGGGGGUUCUAUGUUAGUACUACAGUACACCUCUGGGGGUACUAUGUUAGUACUACAGUACUCCUCUGGGGGUUCUAUGUUAGUACUACAGUACUCCUCUGGGGGUACUAUGUUAGUACUACAGUACUCCUCUGGGGAUACUGUGUUAGUACUACAGUACUCCUCUGGGGGUACUAUAUUAGUACUACAGUACUCCUCUGGGGGUACUAUGUUAGUACUACAGUACUCCUCUGGGGGUUCUAUAUUAGUACUACAGUACUCCUCUGGGGGUACUAUGUUAGUACUACAGUACUCCUCUGGGGGUUCUAUGUUAGUACUACAGUACUCCUCUGGGGGUACUAUGUUAGUACUACAGUACUCCUCUGGGGGUACUAUGUUAGUACUACAGUACUCCUCUGGGGAUACUAUGUUAGUACUACAGUACUCCUCUGGGGGUUCUAUAUUAGUACUACAGUACUCCUCUGAGGGUACUAUGUUAGUACUACAGUACUCCUCUGGGGGUUCUAUAUUAGUACUACAGUACUCCUCUGGGGGUUCUAUAUUAGUACUACAGUACUCCUCUGGGGGUUCUAUAUUAGUACUACAGUACUCCUCUGGGGGUUCUAUAUUAGUACUACAGUACUCCUCUGGGGGUCCUCUCUCUGCUACUAAUGUAUGUAGUCUAGACUCUAGUCUGUUGAAGUUCAAUGGACCUCUUUGCAAUUCAUAAUAUAUACCAUUUAGCAAACUCUUUUAUACAAAGCAACUUAGUCAUGCAUGCAUCGUCUAUGGUGGUAUUGUAUGUUGUCCUGUUCACUGUUGCAAUGUUAUGCCUCUUGGCCAGGUCCAUAUUUUAAAUAAUAAUUGGUUCUCAAUUGACUUAUCUGGUUAAAUAAAUGUUAAAUAAAAAUAAAUCAAAUCAAAUCUGCAGAAGGCCGCCGAUGGUGAAGUGUGUCUUUAGUACCCUGGUUCUGAGUCUGUGAGAGUUGGGUUUAGUAAGCCAGUGUUGAUGACGGAGGUCCGGGCUUACGGUUACUGCUCUCGUCAGACUCUGACACAGACAGGAAAGCAGUGGGGAAACUAAACCCUCAGCUUCCUGCAGUCAGUGAGUCAGGCCACUGAAGUGGUGAUCAAUACAUGGUGGACAGGAUGCUCCGCGCUGCAGACUAAUCCUCCUCCAGAGGCCAUCCGGACUGCAGUCUGCAGACAGAUUACGUUACAUUUAGGAAAUCUGCGUUGCGUUUAGGGUUAAGGGCCUUCCAUUGCAUUUAGGGAAUCUGCAUUGCGUUCAGGGUUAACAGCCUCCAUUGCGUUUAGGGGUUAGGGGUCCUGUAUUACGCUUGGUUGAGCUGACAUUGGCUUUAUGUUUAGGGGUUUUAAAUUGCAGUUAGGGAAAGGGAUCUUGGUUACAAUCCAUUUAGUUUAUCUGUGUAUAACAGUUUUAGGUUAGAGAUCUGGCGUUGUGUUUAGGGAUAGACUUCUCUUUAGACUUUAGGAUCAUCCCCACUCUACAACUUUUAGGGCCAGUUUCCCGGACACAGAUUAAUCCCAUUCCUGGACUAAAGAGGACUUCAUUUUGAGAUUCUCCUUUUAGUCCAUAUUUUUUGGUCCAGGAGUCGGCUUAAUACAUGUCCGGGAAACCAGUCCACAUAUGUUAGAUGGAGUGAUUGGAUGUGGGUAGAAUUGUCUAGUUCUGUGAAGGGGGCACUUGAAGAGGGAGUCCAGUGGAAGUCCUCGUAGAAGUGUCUCAGUGAACAAUCCUAGGGUUGUAUGACGCUGUGUUCCACAAACUGUGGGUGGUCUCCUGGGCUGAGUGGUAGCUCCAUUUAGCAGACCUUCACCCCUCUGAACCCGGAAUCAUUCCACUCUCAUUAUAGCAGUGAUGACACCAUAUAAGGCAGGACAUUUUUAUUAGAUUCUAACCAAUACACCUAGUGAUGCUAGCAGAGAAAGCCCCAGUGCUACUUGAUUCAGGCUAAAAACAGAGAUUUUCUUUUCACUAAAUUGUACUGAAUAUUUUGUAUGUUCUCUGAAAGUAGAGGGAUUCCUGUCCUUGGCUCGUUGGUAUAUUGUGGUGAGUAAAGUUUCAGGAUCCACUUCGCCUCAGAGGGAGAGGGAGAGAGAGAGGGUGUGAGUGAGUGCGCGCGUGUGUGUUUGAGUAGGUAGUGUUUGCUUUCAUCUGGGCCAGCCCCGUCUCCGUGACAUGUAGGGGUGGUGGGAAUAGAAGAAUGCAGUAUGAAUAAUUGCACAACAUGUCUCUCUUCAUGGUGGGGGAGAGGGACAAAAGGAUUGUGGAGGCAUAUGGUUAGCUGAAAUGAUAAUAAACAUUGUAUGCUUGGAGACGUGUAUUGCCUGCCUGACACUGACCACAUUGCUUCUUAAAAUGACCAACAUGAUAAGAAUUUACAUGUGUUAUAAUUAUGUUGUAAUUGCUUAAAAGUCUUUCACCAAACUUUGAGACAGUUAUAAUUUCCAGCUGACAGGGAGAGGAUUGGGUGUUCUCUCUCAGUACUCUGCUGCGUUUUGGCCUUCUUGUUGAGAGAGACGCAAGGAGAACACACUGGCUUCUGGCCUAGAGGCUGGGGCAGGCCUCUGUUGUAUUGCUGUAAUGCAUGAUUCAUCCAAAACAUUAUGAAGACAUGAAACAUGUCUCAUCAGAUUAUAUUGAUAUAGACAUUGACAUCCCUGAACUGGAGGAUGAUACAGUGAUGUACUGUAGUAGCAUGCUCCUAAGUUCAAAUAGCUGUCAGUUAUUUGGACCUGAAUAGUUUGAUAUGUACAGGACUUGACACAUGUUGUUCUCUAAGAAGCUAGCUACAGUAGACCUGUUGGAGUCUAGCAUACUAAACCUCCCUCAGAGGGCUUUAUGUUACCACAGCAUGACAACACUUGGCUCCUAACAGGGGGAGAAUAGGUCCAGAGACACCCAUGUUCAAGUUAUUUGCCAUUUGGAAUAAAUACAUUGGAAAUCUUUCUGACAUAGACAGAGAGAGACCCAUUGAACCUUCCACAGGCCUCUCCUCCUUGAGUAUAGGGUGUCCAAUCAAAAUAUUUGGACCAAUGGGUAAAAUAAUGUUAAUUGUGUAGAUAAUCCUCUACGAAAACCAACGGUCCAAACCUCAUGUCUCUAACAUAAUCCGUUCAAAAUGUAUUUUACCCUUGUGGGAUGGUCAACAUUAGGGUGACUAAAUCAUUGGAGGCCAGAGAAAAAAGUUGUCAAACAGUAAAUCAGGAAAAUAGCAUUGCAUCAGCUAGGCUGGAUGCUGUGAGAGAAUGAAUGCUACCUGAGAGGCUCACCGUUGAACUCCUCAUCUUUCUUUUCAAAUCCGCAGGACAUAAAACAAUAUAGAGGUAAGAUAGAUAUCGAUUUUGAGACAUUACAUGUAGUAUUUUCAUAUUUUAGUAUACGCUGUUCAUAUUAAUGCGACCUAACUGUUAUUUUUCGAAAAAACGUCUCACAAAAACAAGCGUAUCUCUGUGAAAUGUCUGAGGGCUGUUCUUAUGCACGACACAACGCGGUGUGCCUGGAUACAGCCGUUAGCCGUGGUAUAUUGGCCAUAUACCACAAACCCCCGAGGUGCCUUAUUGCUAUUAUAAACUGGUUGCCAACAUAAUUAGAACAGUAAAUACCUGUGGUAUAUGGUCUGGUAUACCACGGCUUUCAGCCAAUCAGCAUUCAGGGCUCGAACAGCCCAGUUUAUAAUUGUCUUUAUCCAACGGGUGGGUCUAAUCCUGGACGCUGAUUGGUUAAAACCACAUUCCAGCCAGUGUCUAUUCCACAAGUAACCACCAGCUAAAUCUAUGACGUUAAAAUGCCUAUUUACUCUGUUCCAUCUCACUGGGCAAUCCACUGUCUCAUCAGCCCAGCCAGACAAUUUAUAAACAUGAUCUCAACUAUAAAAAGCAUCUAGACAUUAUCUCCUAUUUCUUUUAGACUAGCAAUUGGCUUUCAAUAGUGGAGAAUUGUAUAAACCUUGCUGUCUGUCUAUCUGACAUUUGCAACAUUGUUUCAAUAUUGAAAUUCGAUCUCCAGCUGUCCUAUGGUAAUGAACGUGUCAGGAGUCGGGACGAGAUAGACAGGCAGGCAGCGUUUCUCAGCCAGUUGAAAUCAUGAAUCAGCUGGCAUCAUUUUUAUGGAUAUAUACAAAGAAAUGUCAAUAGAAAAUAGGUAAAACAAACAAAGUGCAGCUAGUUUGUAGUCUUUCCAGCUUCAAUUUGAAGUGAUUGUGUUAGCUGUGUUGUUGGCUAGCUCCUCUGAACAACAGUGUCCUGACGAGUGAGCACAUUUUCUAUGCCAGGCGAAAUCACGCCUCAUUAGCUCAUUGUUAUAGAUGUAUCCAAAUAGCGUCACUAGAAAACAGCUUGAACAAAUGCAAAUGCUACUUUGCUGUUAUUCUGGCUGCACCUUUUGACGUGACUAAGUUAGCCGUAGUUGGCUAGCUAGCAAGCAAGGAAUAAGAACGUUGCCAGCCAGUAAGGCAAUGGAACAUUUAGAACGAACGACUGGGUCGUGUCCAUAGAUACAGAACAAAAAGACUGAACGACUGGGUCGCUUCUCUGGUAACCGAACCGAUCGAACGAAUGACCAGCCGGCUUGGGUAGCAACCCUAGAUUUGUAUCGGGACUAUACUACCAGUCAAAAGUUUGGACACACCUACUCAUUCAAGGAUUUUUCUUUAUUUUUUUACGAUUUUCUACAUAGUAUAAUAAUAGUGAAGACAUCAAAACUAUGAAAUAAUACAUAUGGAAUCAUGUAGUAACCAAAAAAGUGUUAAAUAAAUCAAAAUAUAUUUGAGACUCUUCAAAUAGCCACCCUUUGCCUUGAUGACAGCUUUGCACACUCUUGGCAUUCUCUCAACCAGCUUCAUGACGUAGUCACCAGGAAUCCAUUUCAAUUAACAGGUGUGCCUUCUUAAAAGUUAAUUUGUGGAAUUGUUUUCAUUCUUAAUGCGUUUGAGCCAAUCAGUUGUGUUGUGACAAGGUAGGGGGGGGUAUACAGAAGAUGGCCCUAUUUGGUAAAAGACCAAGUCCAUAUUAUGGCAAGAACAGCUCAAAUAAGCAAAGAGAAACGACAGUCCAUCAUUACUUUAAGACAUGAAGGUCAGUCAAUACAGAACAUUUCAAUAACUUUGAAAGUUAAUUCAAGUGCAGUCGCAAAAACCAUCAAGCGGUAUAGUGAAACUGGCUCUCAUGAGGACCGCCACAGGAAUGGAAGACCCAGAGUUACCUCUGCUGCAGAGGAUAAGUUCAUUAAAGUUACCAGCCUCAGAAAUUGCAGCCCAAAUAAAUGCUUCACAGAGUUGAAGUAAUAGACACAUCUCAACAUCAACUGUUCAGAGGAGACUGUGUGAAUCAGGCCUUCAUGGUCGAAUUGCUGCAAAGAAACCACUACUAAAGGACACCAAUAAGAAGAAGAGACUUGCUUGGGCCAAGAAACACGAGUAAUAGACAUUAGACCGGUGGAGAUUUGUUCUUUGGUCUAGAGUCCAAAUUUGAGAUUUUUGGUUCCAACCGCCGUGUCUUUGUGAGAUGCGGUGUGAGUGAACGGAUGAUCUCCGCAUGUGUAUUUCCCACCGUAAAGCAUGGAGGAGGAGGAGGUGUUAUGGUGUGGGGGUGCUUUGCUGGUGACACUGUCUGUGAUUUAUUUAGAAUUCAAGGCACACUUAACCAGCAUGGCUACCACAGCAUUCUGCAGCGAUACGACAUCCCAUCUGGUUUGGGCUUAGUGGGACUAUCAUUUGUUUUUCAACAGGACAAUGACCCAACACACCUCCAGGCUGUGUAAGGGCUAUUUGACCAAGAUGGAGAGUGAUGGAGUGCUGCAUCAGAUGACCUGGCCUCCACAAUCCCCCGACCUCAACCCAAUUGAGAUGGUUUCGGAUGAGUUGGACGGCAGAGUGAAGGAAAAGCAGCCAACAAGUGCUCAGCAUAUGUGUGAAUUCCUUCAAGACAGUUGGAAAAGCAUUCCAGGUGAAGCUGGUUGAGAGAAUGCCAAGAGUGUGCAAAGCUGUCAUCAACGCAAAGGGUGGCUAUUUGAAGAAUCUCAAAUAUAUUUUGAUUUGUUUAACACUUCUUUGGUGACUACAUGAUUCCAUAUGUGUUAUUUCAUAGUUUUGAUGUCUUCACUAUUAUUCCACAAUGUAGAAAAUAGUAAAAAUAAAGAAAAACCCUUGAAUGAGUAGGUGUGUCCAAACUUUUGACUGGUACUGUAUAUCUUGUGGAAGGAUGAAAUAGUAUGAAUAAAUUCAUCAAAACAAUAUUUUUUAUGUAAAUAUGUAAAUCAUUAUUUGAAUAUGUUGGUAACCCGUUGUAUGAAAGUGAUAAUGCCCUUGAAGCCGGUGUUUGGAGGUUAUAUUGGCACGGUUUGCCUUAACUUCGUCUCGGGCCUAACAACACCUGUGCCAAUAUAUCCUCCAAACACCAGCUUCUCAGGAAUUAUCAUUAAUGGUAAAAUGUAUUUUAUAACAUAAGGAAGUGAAAUGUCAUCACCACCCCCUACUGAGUGCCCUCUAUGAUGGUGGAAUGUUCUGUAGAGACGUGGUACCGGUGUGUGGGAGGGGUGAAGAGAAAGGACACAAACUAUAGUCGCUAGUUCUAAUCCCCGAGCCGACUAGGUGAAAAAUCUGUCGAUGUGCCUUUGAGCAAGGCACUCAACCCUAAUUGCUCCUGUAAGUUGCUCUGGAUAAGAGCGUCUGCUAAAUGACUAAAAUGUAAAAAUGUAAAAAAAUAGGUUGCUUACUGGUUAGUAGCUUUGCUAGCUAGCUUUAGAAACGAAGCUAGUGAGUUAAUCAUCUUUGGUAGCUAGCUAGCUAAUGUAAGCUAGCAAGCUGGCUAUCUUUGGCAACGAAGCCGGCUGGCUAGCUAGCUCUUUAGCUGAGUGAGUUUCAUCAAAGAUAUUGCAGUUUGGCCUAUUCCUUUAGGUUAUGUUUGCUUGCUAAUUACUUUGCCAGUUGUAUUUACCAUUGGAAUAUACCUAAUGUAUGUUUAUGUAGUUCUAUAGGCUUGGUCUCUCCAUAAGAACUCCAGUGCAGUCAGUGCAGCUGCACCUCCCAUGUGCAAUUAAGUUGUCAAAAUAGCCUCAGCCACCACUUGUACCGCUCUCUGAGGUUGGUUGUUACACCACUUAGCCUUGCUCAUGUCUUGUAUCAUAUACCUAAUACACUGUAGUGGGGCUGGUGAUGUAUAUCAUCUCCCUAAUACACUGUAGUGGGGCUGGUGAUGUAUAUCAUAUACCUAAUACACUGUAGUGGGACUGGUGAUGUAUAUCAUAUACCUAAUACACUGUAGUGGGACUGGUGAUGUAUAUCAUCUCCCUAAUACACUGUAGUGGGGCUGGUGAUGUAUAUCAUAUACCUAAUACACUGUAGUGGGACUGGUGAUGUAUAUCAUAUACCUAAUACACUGUAGUGGGACUGGUGAUGUAUAUCAUAUACCUAAUACACUGUAGUGGGACUGGUGAUGUAUAUCAUAUACCUAAUACACUGUAGUGGGACUGGUGAUGUAUAUCAUAUACCUAAUACACUGUAGUGGGACUGGUGAUGUAUAUCAUAUACCUAAUACACUGUAGUGGGGCUGGUGAUGUAUAUCAUAUACCUAAUACACUGUAGUGGGACUGGUGAUGUAUAUCAUAUACCUAAUACACUGUAGUGGGACUGGUGAUGUAUAUCAUAUACCUAAUACACUGUAGUGGGACUGGUGAUGUAUAUCAUAUACCUAAUACACUGUAGUGGGACUGGUGAUGUAUAUCAUAUACCUAAUACACUGUAGUGGGACUGGUGAUGUAUAUCAUAUACCUAAUACACUGUAGUGGGACUGGUGAUGUAUAUCAUAUACCUAAUACACUGUAGUGGGACUGGUGAUGUAUAUCAUAUACCUAAUACACUGUAGUGGGGCUGGUGAUGUAUAUCAUAUACCUAAUACACUGUAGUGGGACUGGUGAUGUAUAUCAUAUACCUAAUACACUGUAGUGGGACUGGUGAUGUAUAUCAUAUACCUAAUACACUGUAGUGAUGGGCAAAGUCAGUUUAGGGAAAGAUUCCAUUUGGGGUUGAUGAAUGAUAUCCCUCACUUAUCUCAAUGGCUUCAGUUUGGAAGAUAUUUCUGUGAUGUUCAUUAUAAGCUAGAAUACGUUGUUUCAAUGCGUUUGAAUAAUGUUAUUAUGCAGUUAGUAAAAUGUGUGACAAAUAGAGGAGGAAAGACAAAACAAGAAGCAAACUGCCAGAUGACCAGACCAUCAGUCACAUCCUUAGAUCUUAACCAUAAAUAUUAGACAUUAAUGAACGGUUCCCAUUAAAGGCUGUGGUUGGGAUUUUCCCCUUUCUGCUGUGAGGAAGAGAGGGUGAGUGUGUGCGAGUGAAAAAGAGUGUGGUGUGUGAGUCUCAGUGCAGAGUGCUUUAUUGUAGCUAACACAUUGCAGUUAUUAGCAUCGGGUGGUAGCUGUGGCUGUGCCAGCAAGGCAGAAUGCUUCACAUGCUCAGGCUGGGCUUGUGGUUGGCUGAUGGAGACAUCUGAAGGACCAGAGCCUCUCAGAUCUAAUUCAGGAACUAUUUCUCCCUCUCUACCAUUCCCAUUCUGUUGCUCUCACUCUCUCUUUUCUCUACCUCUCUCUCGCUCUCUCCCCCUCUCGCUCUCUCGCUCUCCCUCUGUUCCGCUCCUUCUCUCGCUCUCUCUACCCCCCCUUUCCCCUCUCGCUCUCUCCCUUUCCCUCCCCCUCUCUCCCUCUCCCUCUCCCUCUGAAUACUUAUGUAAAUGUGGGGUUAUGUUUGUAGCUUGAUGAGGGGAAAAAGACAAUGUAAUCCAUUUUAGAAUAAGGCUGUAAUGUAACAAAAUGUGGAAAAUGUCAAGGGGUCUGAAUACUUUCCGAAUGCACUGUAUCUCUGAAGACCAUCCAGUUUUGAUUUAUAAUUGCCAAAUAUUUUUCAACUGUGUUGUGAUGUGUCACAAAAGUUCUGAACCUUUCUAUUCUCAUAGUUUCCACAGAUUGUAAAUUACAGAUAAACAUUUUCGUUUGAGAGAAACAUGGGAUCAACACUUUACAUGUUGCGUUUAUAUUUUUGUUCAGUGUAAUUAAAAAUGAAAAGCUGAAAAUGUCUUGAGUCAAUAAGUAUUCAACCCUUUUGUUAUGGCAAGCCUAAAGUUCAGGAGUAAAAAUGUACUUAACAAGUCACAUAAUAAGUUGCAUGAUUUUUGAAUGACUACCUCAUCUCUUUACUCGACACAUACAAUUAUCUAUAAGGUCCCUCAGUCAAGCAUUACAUUUCAAACACAGAUUCAAACACAAAGACCAGGGAGGUUUUCCAAUGCCUCACAAAGAAGUACACCUAUUGGUAGAUGGGUAAAAAUAAAAAAAGCAUACAUUGAAUAUCCCUUUGAGCAUGGUGAAGUUUUUAAUUACACUUUGGAUGGUGUAUCAAUACACCCAGUUACUACAAAGAUACAGGUGUCCUUCCUAACUCAGUUGUCGAAGAGGAAGGAAACCGCUCAGGGAUUUCACCACGAGGCCAAUGGUGACUUUAAAACAGUUAGAGAGUUUAAUGGCUGUGAUGAGAGAAAACUGAGGAUGGAUCAACAACAUUGUAGUUACUCCACAAUACUAACCAAAUUGAUAGAGUGAAAAGAAGGAAGCCUGUACAGAAUACAAAUAUUCCAAAACAUGCAUCCUGUUUGCAACAUGGCACUAAAGUAAAACUGCAAAAAAUCUGGCAAAAAAAUGAAUGUUAUGUCCUGAAUACAAAGUGUUAUGUUUGGGGCAAAUCCAAGACAUCACUGAGUACCACUCUUCAUAUUUUCAAUGUUCCUAGUUACAGUUUUGACUUAAAUCUGCUUGAAAAUCUGAGUUUUUUGUAAGUAAGCAUUUCACUGUAAGGUCUACACCUGUUGUAUUCGGUGCAUGUGGCAAAUAAAAUUUGAUUUGAUUUGAAAUAUAUGGCAAGACUUGAAAAUGGCUGUCUAGCGAUGAUCAACAACCAACUUGACAGAGCUUGAAGAAUUAGAAAAAGAACAGUGAAAAUAUUGUGCAAUCUUAGAGACUUACCCAGAAAGACUCACAGCUGUAAUCGCUGCCAAAGGUGAUUUAACAUGUAUUGACUCUGGAAUGUAAAUACUUAUGUAAAUGAGAUAUUUCUGUAUUUCGUUUUCCAGAAAUUUGCAACAUUUCUAAAAACACCUAAAUACUAGCCUGUUCAACCUCUCUUUCGUAUCGUCUGAGAUCCCCAGAGAUUGGAAAGCUGCCGCGGUCAUCCCCCUCUUCAAAGGGGGUGACACUCUAGAUCCAAACUGUUACAGACCUAUAUCCAUCCUGCCCUGCCAAGUUAACAAACCAAGUUAACAAACAGAUCACCGACCAUUUCGAAUCCCACCGUACCUUCUCCGCUAUGCAAUCCGGUUUCCGAGCUGGUCAUGGGUGCACCUCAGCCACGCUCAAGGUCCUAAACGAUAUUAUAACCGCGAUCGAUAAUAGACAGUACUGGGCAGCCGUCUUCAUCGACCUGGCCAAGCCUUUCGACUCUUGUCAACCACCGCAUUCUUAUUGGCAGACUAAAUAGCCUUGGUUUCUCUAAUGACUGCCUCACCUGGUUCACCAACUACUUCUCAGAUAGAGUUCAAUGUGUCAAAUCGGAGGACCUGUUGUCUGGACCUAUGGCAGUCUCUAUGGGGGUGCCACAGGGUUCAAUUCUUGGGCCAACUCUUUUCUCUGUGUUUAUCAAUGAUGUCGCUCUUGCUGCUGGUGACUCUCAGAUCCACCUCUACGCAGACGACACCAUUUUGUAUACAUCUGGCCAUCAUUGGACACUGUGUUAACAAACCUCCAAACGAACUUCAAUGCCAUACAACACUCCUUCUGUAGCCUCCAACUGCUCUUAAACGCUAGUAAAACUAAAUGCAUGCUCUUCAAUCGAACACUGCUUGCACCCGCCCGCCCGCCCGACUAGAAUCACUACUCUCGGCGGGUCUGACUUAGAAUAUGUGGACAACUACAAAUACCUAGGUGUCUGGUUAGACCGUAAACUCUCCUUCCAGACUCACAUUAAGCAUCUCCAAUCAAAAGUUAAAUCUAGAAUCAGCUUCCUAUUUUGCAACAAAGCCUCCUUCACUCAUGCUGCCAAACAUGCCCUCGUAAAACGGACUAUCCUACCGAUCCUUGACUUCGGCGAUGUCAUUUACAAAAUAGCCUCCAACACUCUACUCAGCAAAUUGGAUGUAGUCUAUCACAGUGCCAUCCGUUUUGUCACCAAAGCCCCAUAUACUACCCACCACUGUGACCUGUAUGCUCUCGUUGGCUGGCCCUCAAUACAUAUUCGUCACCAAACCCACUGGCUCCAGGUCAUCUAUAAAUCACUGCUAGGCUAAUCCCCGCCUUAUUUUAGCUCAUUGGUCACCAUAUCAACACCCACCCGUAGUAUGCGCUCCAGCAGGUAUAUCUCACUGGUCAUCCCCAAAGCCAACACCUCCUUUGGCCGCCAUUCCUUCCAGUUCUCUGCUGCCAAUGACUGGAACAAAUUGCAAAAAUCUCUGAAGCUUUAGACUCUUAUCUCCCUCACUAACUUUAAGCAUCAGUUGUCAGAGCACCUUACCGAUCACUGCACCUGUACACAGCCCAUCUGUAAUUAGCCCACCCAAAUACCUCAUCCCCAUAUUGUUAUUUAUUUUGCUCAUUUGCACACCAGUAUCUCUAUUUGCACAUCAUCUCUUGCACAUCUAUCAUUCCAGUGUUAAUACUAAUUGUAAUUAUUUUGCACUAUAGCCUAUUUAUUGCCUUACCUCCAUAACUUGCUACAUUUGCACACACUGUAUAUAUAUAUUUUCUGUUGUAUUUUUGACUUUAUGUUUUUGUUUUACCCCAUAUGUAACUCUGUGUUGUUGUUUUUAUCACACUGCUUUGCUUUAUCUUGGCCAGGUCGCAGUUGUAAAUGAGAACUUGUUCUCAACUGGCUUACCUGGUUAAAUAAAGGUGGAAAAAAAGGCUGUAACACAACAAAAUGUGGAAUAAGUCAACGGGUAUGAAUACAUUCUGAAGGCAUCAUAAUGUCCCAACUCUCUAAGUAUAUGUCUGGAUAUACCACCCUACUACUAGGUCUGAUGUAGAAGCUUCCAGAAUUAACCUGUAGCCAUAUCGCUGUGGCACUUAUCAACCCACGACUAACCAUUAUUAUCAAUUACCCACUUAUCACCCCACGACUAACCAUUAUUAUCAAUUUCCCACUUAUCAACCCACGACUAACCAUUAUUAUCAAUUACCCACUUAUCACCCCACGACUAACCAUUAUUAUCAAUUACCCACUUAUCAACCCACGACUAACCAUUCUCCAACGUUAAAACGUCUGCACAGCAACUGUGAUCAAGUAGCCUAAUGCUCUUCAGGUUAGUCAGUCAGCAAAGGACUGCUGCUAUUGUUGGCUUUCAAGACGUCCCAGUCAGACAGGCGAGAACAUAGAAAAUAUAGAACGGGUCUCCCCAUUCAAGUUAAUGAUUGCAGGGUUAGAGGUUCCAAUCCCUUUCUAUAGAUAGUAUGUGUAUGGUGGAGAAGCCCUUUAGUGCUAGUCUCUCUCUCUCUCUCUACCCCCUUCCUGUUGGUUCUCUGCUGUUAUUCUGGCCAUGUCGUGUGCUGAUAUUAAACAGUUUGACUUGGGUACUAUGGAGGGUUCUGUUGGCAGGGUAUCCCACUGUGACAUCAUCACCGCCAGGCUAGGGUCGUUGUGUGAUGCCUCUCUCUCAGUCCCAGAGUCUGGCAGUGGGCUUGGAACAUUUACAUGUCAGUAAUUUAGCAGACGCUCUUAUCCAGAGUGCAUACAUCAUUUUUUUGAAUUUUUCAUACUGGCCCCCCGUGGGAAUCGAACCCACAACCCUGGCGUUGCAAACGCCAUGCUCUACCAACUGAGCUGCAUCCCUGCCGGCCAUUCCCUCCCCUACCCUGGGCCAAUUGUGUGCCGCCCCAUGGGUCUCCCGGUCUAACCAGGAUCUCUAGUGGCACAGCUAGCACUGCGAUGCAGUGCCUUAGACCACUGCGCCACUCGGGAGACUCGGGAACCUUAGAAGCUUCCCUUUAAUGAACAUGUUUCAUUUCUGGGCUCCUGAAUCUAUAGUGCCUUGCAAAAUUAUUCAUCCCCCUUGGCGUUUUUCCUAUUUUGUUGCAUUAUAACCUGUAAUUUAAAUGGAUUUUUAUUUGGAUUUCAUGUAAUGGACAUACACAAAAUAGUCCAGAUUGGUGAAGUGAAAUGAAAAAAAAACUGUUUCAAACAAUUCAAAAAAAUUAAGUAACGGAAAAGUGGUGCGUGCAUAUGUAUUUUGCUAUGAAGCCCCUAAAUAAGAUCUGGUGCAACCAAUUACCUUCAGAAGUCACAUAAUUAGUUAAAUAAAGUCCACCUAUGUGCAAUCUAAGUGUCACAUGAUCUGUCACAUGAUCUCAGUAUAUAUACACCUUUUCUGAAAGGGCCCAGAGUCUGCAACACCACUAAGCAAUGGGCACGCUCAAGUUUUCUGUUUUUUUGUCUUAUUUCUUGUUUGUUUCACCCCCAAAAAUAUUUUGCAUCUUCAAAGUGGUAGGCAUGUUGUGUAAAUCAAAUGAUACAAUCCCCACAAAAAUCCAUUUUAAUUCCAGGUUGUAAGGCAACAAAAUAGGAAAAAUGCCAAGCGGGGUGAAUAAUUUCGCAAGCCACUGUAGGCACAUGUUUUGAUGAAUAAGAGUGCUUUCAAAGCUAGAAUGUGCUGCUUUAGUAACACUUCUGGUAUCUCAGAGCCUUGUAAACAGUUCCACUUUUAGAAUUGAUAACAUUAACAUCUGUGCAGCCUGGUUGCUUUGUAGAGGGUGAGCUAAUUUUCUAGGUAUGAGUUUUUAUUUUUUAUACUUAAAUUACAGAUGAUUUUGUUUUGGUUAUAAAAGAAAAAAGCGUAAUCUCCAAGUCAAGCAGAGUGGUGGGUUUCACUAGGCGGUUUGACGUUAGGGCCAUGUUGUUUAUCUGUCUGGUGAAUACCAACAUAUACACGAUCCUUAGUAGUCCUGUUUAGCUGAGAUGCUGUGGUUUCACUAAACACAUUGGGCUUGGAAUUGAAAAUAAACAAGUUUAAUGGAAGAAUUAUAAUUGCUGUUUUUUUUUAGUAGAUUGAAUUGAAAAUCGUAACAUUGAUUUAUUUCAGUUAAGUUGAAAAAUGUAAUGUAGUGUUUGAAAGGUUUGGUGCUGAAAGUAGAUGGUAGCUACACUACAUUAUAACUGGGUCCUGGUAUCCAGAGCCAUGUUUUAUUGUAGUUCUCCUGCACCAUGAAGUCCUGUAUGUAGCCAGGUCAGCAGCUCUAGGCUCUAAGAUGAGUUUUCUGCAUGUUUUGAAUUAGUUAAUUAAAAACCCAAGGAACUCAAUUGUAGUUGGCCAAAAUCAUGAAGCUGAGCAGGCAGUAACGUCCCAAAUGGCAUCCUAUACCCUAUGGGCCCUGGUCAAAAGUAGUGCACUAUAUAUACAUAGGGAAUAGUGUGUACACUAUAUACAGUUGAAGUCGGAAGUUAACAUACACCUUAGCCAAAUACAUUUAAACUCAGUUUUUCACAAUUCCUGACAUUUAAUCCUUGUAAGAAUUCCCUGUCUUAGGUCAGUUAGGAUCACCACUUUCUUUUUAAAAUGUGAAAUGUCAGAAUAAUAGUAGAGAGAAUUAUUUAUUUAAGCUUUUAUGUAUUUCAUCACAUUCCCAGUGGGUCAGAAGUUUACAUACACUCAAUUAGUAUUUUGGUAGCAUUGCCUUUAAAUUGUUUAUCUUGUGUCAAACGUUUCGGGUAGCCUUCCACAAGCUUCCCACAAUAAGUUGGGUGAAUUUUGGCCCAUUCCUCCUGACAGAGCUGGUGUAACUGAGUCAGGUUUGUAGGCCUCCUUGCUCGCACACGCUUUUUCAGUUCUGCCCACACAUUUUCUAUAGGAUUGAGGUCACGGCUUUGUGAUGGCCACUCCAAUACUUUGACUUUGUUGUCCAUAAGCCAUUUUGCCACAACUUUGGAAGUAUGCUUGGGGUCAUUGUCCAUUUGGAAGACCCAUUUGCGACCAAGCUUUAACUUCCUGACUGAUGUCUUGAGAUGUUGCUUCAAUAUAUCCACAUAAUUUUCCUUCCUCAUGAUGCCAUCUAUUUUGUGAAGUGCACCAGUCCCUCUUACAGCAAAGCACCCCCACAGCAUGAUGCUGCCACCCCCGUGCUUCACGGUUGGGAUGGUGUUCUUCGGCUUGCAAGCAACCCCUUUUUUCCUCCAAACAUAACGAUGGUCAUUAUGGCCAAACAGUUCUAUUUUUGUUUCAUCAGACCAGAGGACAUUUCUCCAAAAAGUACGAUCUUUGUCCCCAUGUGCAGUUGCAAACCGUAGUCUGGCUUUUUUAUGGCGUUUUGGAGCAGUGGCUUCUUCCUUGCUGAGCGGCCUUUAAGGUUAUGUCAAUAUAGGACUCGUUUUACUGUGGAUAUAGAUACUUUUGUACCUGUUUCCUCCAGCAUCUUCACAAGGUCCUUUGCUGCUGUUCUUUUCGCACCAAAAUACGUUCGUCUUUAGGAGACAGAACGCGUCUCCUUCCUGAGCGGUUUGACGGCUGCGUGGUCCCAUGGUGUUUAUACUUGCGUACUAUUGUUUGUACAGAUGAAUGUGGUACCUUCAGGCGUUUGGAAAUUGCUCCCAAUGAUGAACCAGACUUGUGGAGGUCUACAAUUUUCUGAUUUUCCCAUGAUGUCAAGCAAAGAGGCACUGAGUUUUGAAGGUAGGCCUUGAAAUACUUCCACAGGUACACCUCCAAUUGACUCAAAUGAUGUCAAUUAGCCUAUCAGAAGCUUCUAAAGCCAUGCCAUCAUUUUCUGGAAUUUUCCAAGCUGUUUAAAGGCACAGUCAACUUAGCGUAUGUAAACGUUUGACCCACUUGAAUUGUGAUACAGUGAAUUAUAAGUGAAAUAAUCUGUCUGUAAACAAUUGUUGGAAAAAUUACUUGUGUCAUGCACAAAGUAGAUGUUCUAACCGACUUGCCAAAACUAUAGUUUGUUAACAAGAAAUUUGUGGAGUUGUUGAAAAAACGAGUUUUAAACACUCCAACCUAAGUGUAUGUAAACUUCCUACUUCAACUGUAGCGAAUAGGGUGCUAUUUGGGAUACAUCGCAGGUUUCUUAUUCAUCAUAGUUUUCUCAUAACAAGCAACCUAGUUUUCAGGAACCAGUGGACUGACUGCGGGUUUAGUGUUUCUCCCAGUUAGACAAAUGGGGGCUGAGGAAUCCAGCAAUACAUUUAUAAGACUUAAUGCUGCGCACUGUGUACUUAUCAGGGCGGUGAUAUUUAAUCAACGCUGUACAGCCGUUGUUCAUCCUACAGAUAUCCUAUCCCAGUAGAGAAUGCAAUCCCUCAGAGGGAGAGGGGUGAGACGGAGAGAGAGAACAGGGAAAAGGCUAGAGAAUGCAAUCCCUCAGAGGGAGAGGGGUGAGACGGAGAGAGAGAACAGGGAAAAGGCUAGAGAAUGCAAUCCCUCAGAGGGAGAGGGGUGAGACGGAGAGAGAGAAUGGGGAAAAGGCUAGAGAAUGCAAUCCCUCAGAGGGAGAGGGGUGAGGCGGAGAGAGAGAACGGGGAAAAGGCUAGAGAAUGAAAGGGAGAAUGGCUGAAAUGUAAUGAGCUGUUUUCAGUAAGGUAAUGAUUCAGAGUGUACCACUAUGUGAUGUUCGUGGCAGUUGUAAUCCCUGAGAUCUGUCACGGUGGGUUCCAGCUCCAUAACUGUGUGUUUGUACUUUAGUCAGCUCUUUAGAUUGAGGCAGUAUAAAGGACUGACUGGCCCCAGCCCUGCCUGGCAGACACACCUGGGUUGAAAUACUAUUUUUUUUUAAACAAAAGUAAAAAUGAUAACCACAAGUCCAGUCACUCGUGUGGGUUUGAAAGUUAAAAAGCCGUUAAUGUAUGGGCUAAGUCAUUAUUAAAAUACAGCAACACCUUCAUCAGGGUGUCAGAUUCCUGACAGGCCGCCCCCAGGUGGUGAAGGUAGGCAACAACACAUCCGCCACGCUGAUCCUCAACACGGGGGCCCCUCAGGGGUGCGUGCUCAGUCCCCUCCUGUACUCCCUGUUCACCCAUGACUGUGUGGCUGCGCACGACUCCAACACCAUCAUUAAGUUUGCAGACGACACAAUUGUAGUCAGCUCUUUAGAUUGAGGCAGUAUAAAGUACUGCCUCAGGAGAUUUGGCAUGGGUCCCCAGAUCCUCAAAAGGUUAUACAGCUGCACCAUCGAGAGCAUCUUGACCGGUUGCAUCACCGCCUGGUAUGGCAACUGCUCGGCAUCUUAUUGUAAGGCGCUACAGAGGGUAGUUUGUACGGCCCAGUACAUCACUGGGGCCAAGCUUCACAGAGGAAGGCCCAAAACAUUGUCAAGGACUCCAGUCACCCUAGUCAUAGACUGUUCUCUCUGCUACCGCACGGCAAGCGGUACUGGAGCACCAAGUCUAGGUCCAAAAGGCUCCUUAACAGCUUCUACCCUCAAGCCAUAAGACUGUUGAACAAUUAAUCAAAUGGCAACCCGGACUAUUUACAUUGACCCCCCCCCCCUCCAUUUGUUUUUACACUGCUACUACCGGCUGUUUAUUAUCUAUCAUAGUCACUGUACCCCUACCUACAUGUUCAAAUUACCUCGACUAACCUGUACCCCCGCACAUUGACUCGGUACCGGUACCCCCGCACAUUGACUCGGUACCGGUACACCCUGUAUAUAGCCUCGUUAUUGUUAUUCUAUUGUGUUACUUUUUAUUUUAUUUUAUUUUUUACUUUAGUUUAUUUAGUAAAUAUUUUCUUAACUCUAUUUCUUGAACUGCAUUGUUGGUUAAGGGCUUGUAAGUAAGCAUUUCACGGUAAGGUCUACACCUGUUGUAUUCGGUGCAAGUGACAAAUAAAGUUUGAUUUGAUUUGGAAGGGCUGAUCACUGACAACGAUGAGACAGCCUAUAGGGAGGAGGUCAGAGAACUGGCAGUGUGUUGCCAGGACAACAACCUCUCCCUCAACGUGAUUAAGACAAAGGAGAUGAUCGUGGACUACAGGAAAAGGAGGGACGAACCCCCAUUCACAUCGACGGGGCUGUAGUGGAGCGGGUCGAGAGCUAUGUUCCUCCACAUCACUAAGGACCUAUCAUGGUCCCAACACACCAACUCAGUCAUGAAGAGGCCACGACAACGCCUCUUCCCCUUCAGGAGGCUUAAAAUAUUUGGCAUGGGCCCUCAGAUCCUCAAACUGUCUGCAUCACCGCUUGGUAUGGCAACUUCUCAGUAUCCAACCGCAGGCCCAGUACAUCACUGGGGACGAGCUCCCUGCCAUCCAGGACCUAUAUACCAGGCGGUGUCAGAGGAAGGCCCUAAAAAUGGUCAAUUACUCCAGCCUUUCACAAUCUUCAUGUGCUGCUGGUACUCUGUUUAUUAUCUAUCCUGAUUACCUAGUCACAUUUACCCCUAGCUACAUGUACAUAUUACCUCCACUAACUGGUACCCCUGCAUAGUGACUGUACUGGUACUCCUUGUAUAUAGUCUCAUUACUACCUCGUACCCCUACAUAGUGACUCUGUACUGGUACUCCUUGUAUAUAGUCUCAUUACUACCUCGUACCCCUGCACAGUGACUCUGUACUGGUACUCCUUGUAUAUAGUCUCAUUACUACCUCGUACCCCUACACAGUGACUCUGUACUGGUACUCCUUGUAUAUAGUCUCAUUACUACCUCGUACCCCUGCACAGUGACUCGGUACCGGUACUCCUUGUAUAUAGUCUCAUUACUACCUCAUACCCCUACACAGUGACUCUGUACUGGUACUCCUUGUAUAUAGUCUCAUUACUACCUCAUACCCCUACACACUGACUCUGUACUGGUACUCCUUGUAUAUAGUCUCAUUACUACCUCGUACCCCUACAUAGUGACUCUGUACUGGUACUCCUUGUAUAUAGUCUCAUUACUACCUCGUACCCCUACACAGUGACUCUGUACUGGUACUCCUUGUAUAUAGUCUCAUUACUACCUCAUACCCCUACACACUGACUCUGUACUGGUACUCCUUGUAUAUAGUCUCAUUACUACCUCAUACCCCUACACAGUGACUCUGUACUGGUACUCCUUGUAUAUAGUCUCAUUACUACCUCAUACCCCUACACACUGACUCUGUACUGGUACUCCUUGUAUAUAGUCUCAUUACUACCUCAUACCCCUACACAGUGACUCUGUACUGGUACUCCUUGUAUAUAGUCUCAUUACUACCUCAUACCCCUACACACUGACUCUGUACUGGUACUCCUUGUAUAUAGUCUCAUUACUACCUCGUACCCCUACAUAGUGACUCUGUACUGGUACUCCUUGUAUAUAGUCUCAUUACUACCUCGUACCCCUACACAGUGACUCUGUACUGGUACUCCUUGUAUAUAGUCUCAUUACUACCUCAUACCCCUACACACUGACUCGGUACUGGUACUCCUUGUAUAUAGCCUCAUUACUACCUCGUACCCCUACACAGUGACUCUGUACUGGUACUCCUUGUAUAUAGUCUCAUUACUACCUCAUACCCCUACACACUGACUCGGUACUGGUACUCCUUGUAUAUAGUCUCAUUACUACCUCAUACCCCUACACAGUGACUCUGUACUGGUACUCCUUGUAUAUAGUCUCAUUACUACCUCGUACCCCUACACAGUGACUCUGUACUGGUACUCCUUGUAUAUAGUCUCAUUACUACCUCAUACCCCUACACACUGACUCGGUACUGGUACUCCUUGUAUAUAGCCUCAUUACUACCUCGUACCCCUACACAGUGACUCUGUACUGGUACUCCUUGUAUAUAGUCUCAUUACUACCUCAUACCCCUACACACUGACUCGGUACUGGUACUCCUUGUAUAUAGUCUCAUUACUACCUCAUACCCCUACACACUGACUCGGUACUGGUACUCCUUGUAUAUAGCCUCAUUACUACCUCGUACCCCUACACAGUGACUCUGUACUGGUACUCCUUGUAUAUAGUCUCAUUACUACCUCAUACCCCUACACACUGACUCGGUACUGGUACUCCUUGUAUAUAGUCUCAUUACUACCUCAUACCCCUACACAGUGACUCUGUACUGGUACUCCUUGUAUAUAGUCUCAUUACUACCUCGUACCCCUACACAGUGACUCUGUACUGGUACUCCUUGUAUAUAGUCUCAUUACUACCUCAUACCCCUACACACUGACUCGGUACUGGUACUCCUUGUAUAUAGUCUCAUUACUACCUCAUACCCCUACACAGUGACUCUGUACUGGUACUCCUUGUAUAUAGUCUCAUUACUACCUCAUACCCCUACACACUGACUCUGUACUGGUACUCCUUGUAUAUAGUCUCAUUACUACCUCAUACCCCUACACACUGACUCUGUACUGGUACUCCUUGUAUAUAGCCUCAUUACUACCUCAUACCCCUUCACAGUGACUCUGUACUGGUACUCCUUGUAUAUAGUCUCAUUACUACCUCAUACCCCUACAUAGUGACUCUGUACUGGUACUCCUUGUAUAUAGUCUCAUUACUACCUCGUACCCCUGCACAGUGACUCGGUACUGGUCCUCCUUGUAUAUAGCCUCAUUAUUACCUCAUACCCCUACACAGUGACUCGGUACUGGUACUCCUUGUAUAUAGUCUCAUUAUUGUUAUUUUAUUGUGUUAGUAUUUCCUUUUUUAUUUGCUAAUUUUCUGACUUUUUAACUCUGCGUUGUUGGUUAAGGGCUUGUUAGUCAGCAUUUCAUGGUAAAGUCUAGACCUGUUGUAUUCGGCGCAUGUGACAAAUAACAUUUGAUUUGAUAAAAUGUUAUUUGAGUUGAGAUUAUCAGAUUAUUGUCAAGACUAUUUGAAAUAUUUUUCACACAUUUUAUCUGUGGUUGAUUGAGCUUGCCUGAUGUAAUGGAACCAAUACAAUAAUCGCAAAAUGUGAAACCCCGCCCAUCUGGCACUCCAGACAGGCUAAAGCAAAUGCUGGCAGCCUUCCUGUCAGCCCCAGGUCUGCUGGCAGCCUUCCUGUCAGCCCCAGGUCUGCUGGCAGCCUUCCUGUCAGCCCCAGGUCUGCUGGCAGCCUUCCUGUCAGCCCCAGGUCUGCUGGCAGCCUUCCUGUCAGCCCCAGGUCUGCUGGCAGCCUUCCUGUCAGCCCCAGGUCUGCUGGCAGCCUUCCUGUCAGCCCCAGGUCUGCUGGCAGCCUUCCUGUCAGCCCCAGGUCUGCUGGCAGCCUUCCUGUCAGCCCCAGGUCUGCUGGCAGCCUUCCUGUCAGCCCCAGGUCUGCUGGCAGCCUUCCUAUUAGCCCCAGGUCUGCUGGCAGCCUUCCUAUUAGCCCCAGGUCUGCUGGCAGCCUUCCUAUUAGCCCCAGGUCUGCUGGCAGCCUUCCUAUUAGCCCCAGGUCUGCUGGCAGCCUUCCUAUUAGCCCCAGGUCUGCUGGCAGCCUUCCUAUUAGCCCCAGGUCUACUGCCAGCCUUCCUGUCAGCCCCCUCAUUUACCUCUGUCUGUACAAGGAGAAAUUUAGACCCAGUCUGCGUCCCAAAUGCACCCUAUUCCCUUUAUAGUACACUGCUGUUGACCAGAGUGUACUAUUUAAUCACACCCUAAUGGCUUUCUGCAUUUGUUCCAGUUUCAUUAAAAAAACAUUAGCAGCUCAUUUCUACUUUAGUUGAUGGAUGUGUUUGAAGGGGAAGAAAGGUAAUUUGAGUCAAUUGUGAUGUAUGUUAUGGAACAGGAAGCUGUGAUGUCUGUUAUGGAACAGGAUGUUGUGAUGUCAGUUAUGGAACAGGAUGUUGUGAUGUCUGUUAUGGAACAGGAAGCUGUGAUGUCUGUUAUGGAACAGGAUGUUGUGAUGUCUGUUAUGGAACAGGAUGCUGUGAUGUCUGUUAUGGAACAGGAUGCUGUGAUGUCGGUUAUGGAACAGGAUACUGUGAUGUCGGUUAUGGAACAGGAAGCUGUGAUGUCUGUUAUGGAACAGGAUGUUGUGAUGUCGGUUAUGGAACAGGAAGCUGUGAUGUCUGUUAUGGAACAGGAUGCUGUGAUGUCGGUUAUGGAACAGGAUACUGUGAUGUCGGUUAUGGAACAGGAAGCUGUGAUGUCGGUUAUGGAACAGGAAGCUGUGAUGUCGGUUAUGGAACAGGAAGCUGUGAUGUCGGUUAUGGAACAGGAUGUUGUGAUGUCUGUUAUGGAACAGGAUGUUGUGAUGUCGGUUAUGGAACAGGAAGCUGUGAUGUCUGUUAUGGAACAGGAUGCUGUGAUGUCGGUUAUGGAACAGGAUACUGUGAUGUCGUUUAUGGAACAGGAAGCUGUGAUGUCGGUUAUGGAACAGGAAGCUGUGAUGUCUGUUAUGGAACAGGAUGUUGUGAUGUCGGUUAUGGAACAGGAUGUUGUGAUGUCUGUUAUGGAACAGGAUGUUGUGAUGUCGGUUAUGGAACAGGAAGCUGUGAUGUCUGUUAUGGAACAGGAUGUUGUGAUGUCUGUUAUGGAACAGGAUGUUGUGAUGUCUGUUAUGGAACAGGAUGUUGUGAUGUCUGUUAUGGAACAGGAUGUUGUGAUGUCUGUUAUGGAACAGGAUGUUGUGAUGUCUGUUAUGGAACAGGAUGUUGUGAUGUCUGUUAUGGAACAGGAUGCUGUGAUGUCUGUUAUGGAACAGGAAGCUGUGAUGUCUGUUAUGGAACAGGAAGCUGUGAUGUCGGUUAUGGAACAGGAAGCUGUGAUGUCUGUUAUGGAACAGAAAUCUGUGACCAUCAAAGCCGUAUUUUACGAUAUGCUGGGAUUGAUUCACGGAUCGGUUUGGGUUUGAACUUUACCUUCUAUAACAGUAUUUGAAUGUUUGGUUUGUUAAAUGUGAUACACCAUGUGUAAUGUCCAUUUUUAUAGUUUACUUCGCUACUAGUCAUCUGUCGCUCUCGCUCUCGCUCUCGCUCUCGCUCUCGCUCUCGGUCUUGCUCUCUCUCCAUGCCGCUUCCCACACAGACCUAGCCCCGGCCAUGUCACUCAAGGAGUGCAUUGGUUGUUCCUCGACCAGGAGACACUUGCGUUCAGUCUACAUGGUCAAAGCAGCACAUGUGUUGUUCCUCUACCAGGAGACUCUCUCUUCAGUCUCUACAUGGUCAAUGCAGAACAUGCAACAAUGUUGAUGACAACGAUGCUGUUUCCACUUUGCUUCUUAAUAUAAAUCCACCAGUGUUCUAUAAUUACCACUAUUAGUUUGUGUUUCCUACAUCUGCAAACAGCUAGUUUGUCUUUUCUUAGCAAGUUGUGGCUAAGUCGUGUUAGCCGCUAAUGCUAAUCGCUAGUUAGCUGGUAGCUAGUCAGUGGUGUUACUGCUGUUGUAGACCAGUGGUAGCUAGUCAGUGGUGUUACUGAUGCUGCUGCUGUAGACCAGUGGUAGCUAGUCAGUGGUGUUACUGAUGCUGCUGCUGUAGACCAGUGGUAGCUAGUCAGUGGUGUUACUGCUGCUGCUGUGUUGUAGACCAGUGGUAGCUAGUCAGUGGUGUUACUGAUGCUGCUGUUGUAGACCAGUGGCAGAUAGCGCAAUCUGAAACACAUCACAAACACCCAAUCUUUAAACAUUUGUUGGCAACUUGGCUUCUGUGCUUUGUUUAGUGAAUGGUAAUGUACACCUCCUUGGCCCUGGCCUCUCGUUCUCUCUGAUUGUAUGGGCCCCAGCCUCAACCCUGGCCUCUCUCUCUCGCUCUCUCGCUCUGUGUGAUUGUGUUUCCUUGCUGCCACUUCUCACUACUCAGUACUCUGCAGCACAGUGGCUGGUGAAAUAGUCUGAGGGGAUCAUCUAGAAGUGGACCUGUAGCUGUCUGGUAAUGGUGGUGGUGGUAGAGAGGGGGUCUGAUUGCCCCGGCCUCCCCAGGGACGUCUCUCUCUGCGUGGGUCGUGACAUGGGGGACAAGGCCUCAACGUGUCGGGGAGAGGGGGGGAGUCUGUUUGAGAUAAGGCGCUAUCGGGUUACCCUCAAUUUAUUUUCUCACUGCUUGGGUGUUCGUUCGUUUGUCCUCGCUCCACCCCCCCCCAAUCCCUCCCUCCUCUCAUCCCCUCUCUCCCCUCCCACCCCGCUCACCUCCCUCCUCUCAGGCCCCCUCCUCUCCCUCCCCCUGCUCCCUCCCUCCCUCCUCUCCACCCCUCUCGUCCCCUCCCCCUCUCCUCCCUCCACGCCACCCCCUCUCUCCCUCCCCCGCUCCCUCCACUCACGCCCCUCUCCCUCCCUCCACUCACCCCCUCCUCCCGCCCCCUCCUCUCAUCCUCCCCCCCCGCUAUCCCUCCCCCACGCCUCCCUCCCUCCUCUUCUCUCCCUCCCCGCUCUCCCCUCCCUCCUCUCACCCCCGUCUCCUCCCUCCUCUCGCCCCCUCAUCCCCCCCGCUCCCUCUCUCCAGGCACACUGCUUUGAUGUCACUCUGAGUUCACUGAGCCCAGGAGAGGAAAAACAACAAUAACAUUAGAAGGUGUUUAUCAAGCGAGCUUUCUGUUGGACACUCUCUCUCAUUAAUCCAGUGGAACACUGUGGAAAUGACCAGUUUGACUAAUGUUUAGUUUAGUAGUGUUAGCAGCUCCCUUCAGCCCCGCCCCCAUUCCUUCCAGCCUAUAGUUUAGUAGUGCUAGCAGGUCCCCUCAGCCCCGCCCCCAUCCCUUCCAGCCUAUAGUUUAGUAGUGUUAGCAGCUCCCUUCAGCCCCGCCCCCAUCCCUUCCAGCCUAUAGUUUAGUAGUGCUAGCAGCUCCCUUCAGCCCCACCCCCAUCCCUUCCAGCCUAUAGUUUAGUAGUGCUAGCAGGUCCCCUCAGCCCCGCCCCCAUCCCUUCCAGCCUAUAGUUUAGUAGUGCUAGCAGCUCCCCUCAGCCCCGCCCCCAUACCUUCCAGCCUAUAGUUUAGUAGUGCUAGCAGCUCCCUUCAGCCCCGCCCCCAUCCCUUCCAGCCUAUAGUUUAGUAGUGCUAGCAGGUCCCCUCAGCCCCGCCCCCGUACCUUCCAGCCUAUAGUUUAGUAGUGCUAGCAGCUCCCCUCAGCCCCGCCCCCAGCCCUUCCAGCCAAUAGUUGAUAAAUCACUCACUAAUUUGUGGAAAAUAAUACAGAGCUGAAUUGGCCGUUGUGAAAUAGAACGGCUACAUUAUGUCAUAUUUUAACUUUUCAGAAAAUGUUUUAUUUCGGGAUAAUGAAAAUAAAUGUGGCUGCUUUGUUUUGCUUUGGGCAAAUUGAUGUUGAAACAAUGACCUUGAACACAGCAGAGAGAUGGCGGUGGAGAGUUGAGGUCGUUUAUUUUUCAAGUUGUUCAUUCCUUCUAUUUAUUUACUUCUAGUUCAGUAGGGUUGAAACUUUUUACGACCAUACUUUGUUUAAACAAUUACCGAAUGUGUGUUUUGAAUUAGUGUGUCCAAGCUUAAUUUACUGUCUGCACGGGUCAAACCUGUUGCUUAUUGUGAGUACAGAGAGAGAGAAUUCCCUUUUGAUUUAAUUGUUUGUAUUGUGUAGUUAGUAAUAUUAUCCUGGGGGUGGAGCCUGGGGGAUAGAGGGAGGGGUGUGGAGGCUGGGAGGGGUGUGGAGGCUGGGAGGGGUGUGGAGGCUGGGAGGGGUGUGGAGGCUGGGAGGGGUGUGGAGGCUGGGAGGGGUGUGGAGGCUGGGAGGGGUGUGGAGGCUGGGAGGGGUGUAGAGGCUGGGAGGGGUGUAGAGGGAGGGGAGGGGAGGCUAGGGGUAGAGGGAGUGGAUGCUGGGGUUGGAAGGACGGGUGUGGAGGCUGGGGAGUGGAGGCUGGGGGGGAGGGAGGGGGUAGAGGGAGUGGAGGCUGGGGAUGGAGGGAGGGGAUGAGGGAGGGAGGGGAUGAGGGAGGGAGUGGAGGCUGGGGUGGAGGGAGGGGAGUGGAGGCUGGGGGUAGAGGCUGGGGUAGAGAGAGAUGAUAGAGGGAGGGGGUGGAGGCUGGGGGUAGAGGGAGGGGGGUGGAGGCUGGGGAGUGGGGGGUGGAGGCUGGGGAGUGGAGGGAGGGGGGUGGAGGCUGGGGAGUGGAGGGAGUGGGUGGAGCCUGGGGGGUAGAGGGAGGGGGUGGAGUCUGGGGGUAGAGGGAGUGGGGUGGAGGCUGGGGAGUGGAGGGAGUGGGGUGGAGGCUGGGGAGUGGAGGGAGUGGGGUGGAGGCUGGGGAGUGGAGGGAGUGGGGUGGAGGCUGGGGAGUGGAGGGAGUGGGGGUGGAGGCUGGGGAGUGGAGGGAGUGGGGGUGGAGGCUGGGGAGUGGAGGGAGUGGGGUGGAGGCUGGGGAGUGGAGGGAGUGGGUGGAGCCUGGGGGGUAGAGGGAGGGGGUGGAGCCUGGGGGUAGAGGGAGUUUGGUGGCGCCUGGGGGGUGGAGGGAGGGGGUGGAGCCUGGGGGUAGAGGGAGGGGGUGGAGCCUGGGGGUAGAGGGAGGGGGUGGAGCCUGGGGGGUGGAGGCUGGUGGGUGAAAGGAGGGGAAUGGAGGCUGGGGAAUGGAGGAGGGGUGGAGAGAGGAGGGUGAUGGGUGAAUUUGAUUGAGUGGGAGUGGGGGGUGAAGGGUGGAGAGUUGCUGGGGGGGGUGGAGACUGACUGUAUAACCUUUAGCUCUACAGGGUUCACCCCAGGGGUUAAUGACUGACCCCUCUCAUUGAGGUUGAGAAGUUCAAGGCCGACCACCAAUACUGCAGACAUUGUUAGCAGAAAACAGGAUCCCCCAUUAUAGUGAAGGGGAAAUGGCUAUCUUCGUGGUCAAUCUUUGUGUAAAUAAAACAUGUUUUAGAAGACAACCAUAGUAUCAAUAAUUGUUUCUAAUACACCAGAUAUACACUACAUGACCAAAAGUCUGCUCAUCGAACAUCUCAUUCCAAAAUCAUGGGCAUUAAUAUGAGUUGGUCCCCAUUUUCUGCUAUAACAGCCUCCACUCUUCUGGGAAGGCUUUCCACUAGAUGUUGGAACAUUGCUGCGGGGACUUGCUUCCAUUCAGCCACAAGAGCAUUAGUGAGGUCGGGCACUGAUGUUGGGCGAUUAGGCCUGGCUCAUAGUCGGCCUUCCAAUUCAUCCCAAAGGUGUUCGAUGGGGUUGAGGUCAGGGCUUUGUGCAGGCCAGUCAAAUUCUUCCACACCGAUAUCGACAAAUCAUUUCUGUAUGGACCUUGCUUUGUGCACGGGGGCAUUGUCAUGCUUCAAAAGGAAACGGCCUUCCCCAAACUGUUGCCAUAAAGUUGGAAGCACAGAAUCGUCUAGAAUGUCAUUGUAUGCUGUAGCAUUAAGAUUUCCCUUCACUGGAACUAAGGGGCCUAGCCCGAACCAUGAAAAACAGCCCCAGCCCAUUAUUCCUUCUCCACCAAACUUUACAGUUGGCGCUAUGCAUUGGGGCAGGUAGUGUUCUCCUGGCAUCCGCCAAACCCAGAUUAGUCUGUCGGACUGUCAGAUGGUGAAGCGUGAUUCAUCACUGCUCCAGAGUCCAAUGGCGGCGAGCUUUACACCCCUCCAGCCGAUGCUUGGUAUUGCGCAUGGUGAUCUUAGGCUUGUGUGCGGCUGCUCGGCCAUGGAAACCCAUUUCAUGAAGCUCCCGACGAACACUUCUUGUGCUGACGUUGCUUCCAGAGGCAGUUUGGAACUUGGUAGUGAGUAUUGCAACCGAGGACUGACCAUUUUUACGCGCUACGCGCUUCAGCAGUCGGUGGUCUCGUUCUGUGAGCUUGUGUGGCCUACCACUUCGUGGCUGAGCUUUUGUUGCUCCUAGACGUUUCCACUUCACAAUAACAGCACUUACAGUUGACCGGGGCAGCUCUAGCAGGGCAGAAAUUUGAUGAACUGACUUAUAGGAAAGGUGGCAUCCUAUGACGGUGCCACGUUGAAAGUCACUGAGCUCAUCAGUAAGGCCAUUCUACUUCCAAUGUUUGUCUAUGGAGAUUGCGUGGCGGUGUGCUCGAUUUUAUACACCUGUCAGCAACGGGUGUGGCUGAAAUAGCCAAAUCCACUAAUUUGAAGGGGUGUCCACAUACUUUUGUAUAUAUAGUGUAUGUCCUUGAACCGAUAAUUUUAAAAUUGCACAAAGAAGUAGUAGUCAGGGGUGAGUGCUUUGCUGUACUCCCUGUUCACCCACGACUGCGUGGCCAAGCACGACUCCACACCAUCAUUAGGUUUGCUGACGACACAACAGCCACGACACCCAUUAACAUCGACAGGGCUGUAUUGGAGCGGGUCGAGAGUUUCAACUUCCUUGGUGUCCACAUCACCAACAAACUAUCCUGGUCCAAACACACCAAGACAGUCAUGAAGAGGGCACAAAAACACAUUUUCCCUCUCAGGAGACUGAAAAGAUUUGGCAUGGGUCCCCAGAUCCUCAAAACGUUCUACAGCUGCACCAUCGAGAGCAUCCUGACCGGUUGCAUCACCGCCUGGUAUGGCAACUGCUCGGCAUUCAGUCACUCAAGUCGCACGGCAAGCGGUACGGAGCGCCAAGUCUAGCUCCUUAACAGCUACUACCCCCAAGCCAUAAGACUGCUGAACAAUUAAUCAAAUGGCUACCCAGACUAUUUACAUUUCCCCCCUUGAGUUACUCAAUGAGAGGGGGCAGCACUGAGCUAGCCUGCAACGUCACUUCCUGGAGGAGCUCAAACUGUGCAUGUUGUUUCCAUGAGCAGCCAUCUUAGCAAGCUAAAAAGCGACUUCCUUUGCUUCAAAUGCGCUAUCGAGUCUUCACAUAGGAAUGAAUGGUGUCACGUGAUCGAUGGCUUUGUCCUUUGUUUUUCCAUUCAUUGGUUCACCCCUCAGACAAGGCCACAGAGCAGCAGCAGGGGCGCUCUGUCUGUCUGAGGGCCUAGAGCCAGACGUCUACAGGGCAGAGGGGGGAGAGAGGUCAUGCUUGGUCUUCCUGUGCCCUAACCCUCCAUGGGUGCCCACUUACUUUCUGGGUAGGGGGUCCCCCUCUCCUGUCACUCACACUGGCAGGGCUUCUCUGCUCUCUGCCGGCCGUCAUCUCUACUCUACAGGGCUGAAUUGACAUGCCUGGAAGCCAGGCAGAACAUCCCCCAUCCACGCCCUUUACCACCUCUAUCCCUCCAGACCCUCUCCAGGAGACCCCCCCCCCCCCUCCCCAGGAGCCCCCCCAGACCCUCCCCAGGAGCCCCCCCAGACCCUCCCCAGGAGCCCCCCCCCCCAGACCCUCCCCAGGAGAGCCCCAGUCCCUCCCCAGGAGCUCCCCCCGUCCCUCCCCAGGAGCCCCCCAGUCCCUCCCCAGGAGCCCCCCCAGUCCCUCCCCAGGAGCCCCCCCAGACCCUCCCCAGGAGCCCCCCCCCCCAGACCCUCCCCAGGAGAGCCCCAGUCCCUCCCCAGGAGCCCCCCCCCCCCCGUCCCUCCCCAGGAGCCCCCCCAGGAGCCCCCCCAGUCCCUCCCCAGGAGCCCCCCCAGUCCCUCCCCAGGAGCCCCCCCACGCGCCUCCCCUGGAGCCCCCCCCCCAGUCCCUCCCCUGGAGCCCCCCCCCCCAGUCCCUCCCCAGGAGCCCCCCCGUCCCUCCCCAGGAGCCCCCCAGUCCCUCCCCUGGAGCCCCCCCACGUCCCUCCCCUGGAGCCCCCCCCCCAGUCCCUCCCCUGGAGCCCCCCCCCGUCCCUCCCCAGGAGCCACCCCAGUCCCUCCCCUGGAGCCACCCAUACUCAUUUUCACUAUGUCAGAUCCCGUCGUGUUUUAGCUAUAUUUAAAUCUCUGUCCGUAAACAUCGUAGAUGCAGCGUUUGAAGUGAUGGAACGUUUACAAAUGAAGUGUGAGAUAAUCAGACUAUAAUCUAUUUCUAUAAUUCCCAACCCUUGAUGAGAUAUUUAUUAUUCCUCUACAUUGUGUUUACCAGUUCCCACCGAUCUGGGCCAUGGAAACCCUCUGCCGCGGCGGCUCAGUGGAGAGCGUGUGUGUGUUUGUGUGUGUGUGUUAGGAGCUCAGUGUAAAUAUUUUCACCAGACAGUCUUCAUUACAUUUUACAUUUUAGUCAUUUCGCAGACGCUCUUAUCCAGAGCGACUUACAGUUAGUGAGCGCAUACAUUUUUUUUUUUAAAUCUUUUUUUUCUUCUCCCAUCUGUUUUGGCAUCGCUGUGUUGACUUUACCGCACCGACCGACCGGGGAAACAGCUUCAUCCAGUCCACCUCCUAAAUUCUGGAAAGUAUGUUUCAAUGUCAUCUUCAUUACUACACCAACACCACAAGCAGAAGGCUUAUCUGAUCACAUAGUGACAAACGUAGAGGUUGGAAUGGAUGACUGAAGAACUGUCAGGGUGUUAGACGGGGAGGAGAGGUGGGAGGAGAGGGGGAGGAGAGGUGGGAGGAGAGGAGGAGGAGGAGAGAAGGAGGAGAGAAGGAGGAGAGGGGGAGGAGAGGAGGAGGAGAGAGGGGGUUAUGCAGCUCAUUUAUGUUUGGUUUUGACACCUUUAGUGUUUACGUUCGUCAGAAUAACGCUGAGUUCUCAGACUCCGCCAUCUAACCCUGCACAGCUAAAUGUUAACCACCUGAUCGUGUGCUGCGUGUGCAAAUGCGCGUGCACGUUCCUGUGUGUGUGUCAGAGCCUGCCGUGCCACGUGGUGUUCACCCCCUGUAUGGUGAUUAGGGUUCAUAAGGGCGGUGGAGGUGGUCGUAAACCAGGGAGGGGUGGUAGUGGUGGUCACUGGUGUGUGUGUGUACACCCCCCUCCCUACCCCUCAACCUCCCACCUCUAUGCAGCAGCCUUGUGACCUCUUGCCCCUCCCUACCCAUCAACCUCCCACCCCUCUGCAGCAGCCUUGUGACCUCUUGCCCCUCCCUACCCCUCAACCUCCCACCUCUAUGCAGCAGCCUUGUGACCUCUUGCCCCUCCCUACCCCUCAACCUCCCACCUCUAUGCAGCAGCCUUGUGACCUCUUGCCCCUCCCUACCCCUCAACCUCCCACCUCUAUGCAGCAGCCUUGUGAUCUCUUGCCCCUCCCUACCCCUCAACCUCCCACCUCUAUGCAGCAGCCUUGUGACCUCUUGCCCCUCCCUACCCCUCAACCUCCCACCCCUCUGCAGCAGCCUUGUGACCUCUUACCCCUCCCUACCCCCCUAGUCCUCUGCUCAUGUCUCUCUCUCAAUUCAAUUUAAGGGCUUUUUUGGCAUGGGAAACAUAUGUUAACAUUGCCAAAGCAAGUGAAAUAGAUAAUAAACAAAAGUGAAAUAAUCAAUCAAAAAGUUAACAGUAAACAUUACACUCACAAAGGAAUAAAGAGAUUUCAAAUGACAUAUUAUGUCUAUAUACGGGUGUUAUAACGAUGUGCAAAUAGUUAAAGUAAAAAAGGGAUAAUAAAUAAACGUAAAUAUGGGUUGUAUUUACUCUCUCUCUGUCUCUGUCUCUCUCUUUCUCUCUCUCUCUUUCUCUCUCUCUCUGUCUCUGUCUCUGUCUCUCUCUCUCUGUCUCUUUCUCUCUCUCUCUCUCUCUUAGGCAAGCCUAAAUACGUUCAGGAGUAAACAUUUGCUUAACAAGUCACAUAAGUUGCAUGGACUCACUCUGUGUGUAAUAAUAGUGCUUAACAUGAUUUUUGAAUGACUACCACAUCUCUGUACCCCACACAUACAAUUAUCUGUAAGGUCCCUCAUUUGAGCAGUGAAUUUCAAGCACAGAUUCAACCACAAAGACCAGGGAGAUUUUCAAAUGCCUCGCAAAGGAGAGCACCUAUUGGUAGUAAAUAUAUAUAAAAAUAACGGACAUUUGAAUAUCCCUUUGAGCAUGGUGAAGUUAUUAAUUACACUUUGGAUGGUGUAUCAAUACACCCAGUCUCACUACAUGUUGUCCUUCCUAACUCAGUUGCUAGAGAGGAAGGAAACCGCUAAAGGAAUUUCACUAUGAAGCCAAUGGUGAAAAAAGUAUAAAAAUAUUUAUUUCGGUGGGUCGUUGCGGAUGGGUCGGGGGGAGGGCGGGGUUCGGAUGGGGGGAGGGAGGGAGGGAGGGAGGGGGAGAGGGCUGAUGGCGGGGAGGGAGUGAGGUGGUUGGUGGAGGGGGGGAGUUGGAGGGGGGAGGGAGGGGGGGAUUGUAGGAGGUGUCGGAGGGAGGGAGGAGGUUCGUGUGAGGGAGGGAGGGGGGAGGGGGGAGCGUGGAGGAGGGCGGGGGGGGAGUGGUGAGUGGAGGGAGGGAGGGAGGAGGCGGAGUGCGGUGGGGAGGGAGUAGGUAGGGAGUGAGGGAUGUGAGUGCGAGUUGGUGGGAUGCGGGGUCGUGCUCUUUGUGUUGCUUCGUUGAUCGUUUUUAUGUUCUGUUUUCGAGUCUGUUGUUCUUUUCUUUCUUUUCUUUCUAGUUUUUCUUUCUUUUCUUUCUUUUCUUCUCGUUUCUUCUUUCUUUCUUCUUCUUUUUUCUUUCCCUCCUCCCUCCCUCCCUCCGCAGGAUGACCAUGAGAGUGGUUCAAGCUCCACCAGUCGCAGCGCCUCAGAGAGCUCCAAGACCCUGACCAAGCCCCGCCGCCUCCAGCAGGCCGCCCCCUCCGACCCAGACCUACCCCCAGGUGAGUGAUGGCUCCGGGGCCAAAGGGAGUACUCUACCCUCCUGCUUCACACUGACCACCAGGCAGGGCUAGGCCUCAGUGGAGGAUGAAUCACUGACAGGGCAGGUCUUAUCAGCAAGGCCACUUGACCACCACAGUCCUCAAUGCGUCCCUAUUCCCUAGCCCUAUGGGUCCUGGUCAAAAGUAGUGCACCAUGUAGGGAAUAGGGUGUCAUUUGGGAUUUGGGAUUCCAACCUCCCUCCUCUAACAACAGGUCCAUAACAACAACACUUAGCUAGCUACACAAUGGAGUCCUUGUCUGAGUGAGGCUAUAAACUGAGGUUUGUUAGGACUUUAUCAAUGAGAGAUCUCUGCUGGUUUAUCAGGUAACUGACGUUAGAGAGACUCUAUCCACACCCCCCCACUAAAGGCAGAAGUUAUCACACAUUUUACUGUCCAGACGCAAUAAAUCCAUCACUCAUUUAAUUUACUGCUCAUUUACUACCACGUCAACUUUGAGAGUUUGGAAUCCUUUUGUUCUUAAUGUGGUAUUUACUUGAUAUAUAUGUUUCAACUGUGUUGUUUCACAUAUGUUCUGAACCUUUCUAUUCUCAUAGUUUCAACAGAUUGUAAAUUACACAUAUUAAUUUUUUUGCUAAGAGUAUUAUUUAUAUUAUUGAUCGAUUGACUGUGACUUUUCAAAUCACCCAGCAGUGCUAUUUGCAGAGUUAGCUCCAGGUAAAUGUUGCAAUUCUUCAGCCAUUCCUGAACCUGCGACCAAAAACAAGCUACAUAUGGGCAGUACCAAAGCAAGUGAUCUAAUGAUUCUGUCUCUUCGCAACAAAGUCUGCAGAGCUGGGAUGGUUGUAUCCCCCAUAUAUAUAACAUUCUAUUGGUUGCAAGAAUUUUGUAUAAUAAUUUACAUUGAAAAACUCAGUUUAUGGGCCAUCUUUGAGAGUUUGGAAUAAUUUUGUUCUUAUUCUAGACAUUCAGUUACAUAGUAUUGUUUAAAUACUCCCCAUGUAAUGCUAAUGGGGAGCUAACAUGGCUGCCAUAGAAUGUUAUAGUGCCAUGUACAGCGCCUUCAGAAAGUAUUCACACCCUUUGACUUUUUCCACAUGUUGUUGUGUUACAGCCUGAAUUUAAAAUGGAUUACAUUUAGAUGUUUUGUCACUGGCCUUAACACAAUACCCCGUAAUGUCAAAGUAGAAAUAUGUUCUUAGAAAAUUUAGCAAAUUAAUAAAAAAUGAAAAGCUGAACAUUUCUUGAGUCGAUAUGUAUUCAACCCCUUUCUUAUGGCAAGCCUAAAUACGUUCAGGAGUAAACAUUUGCUUAACAAGUCACAUAAGUUGCAUGGACUCACUCUGUGUGCAAUAAUAGUGCUUAACAUGAUUUUUGAUUGACUACCCCAUCUCUGUACCCCACACAUACAAGUAUCUGGAAGGUCCCUCAUUUGAGCAGUGAAUUUCAAACACAGAUUCAACCACAAAGACCAGGGAGAUUUUCAAAUGCCUCGCAGAUGAAAAAGAUAUAUAAAAAAAUAACGGACAUUGAAUAUCCCUUUGAGCAUGGUGAAGUUAUUAAUUACACUUUGGAUGGUGUAUCAAUACACACAGUCACUACAGGUUGUCCUUCGUAACUCAGUUGCCAGAGAGGAAGGAAACCACUGUUAACAGCAAAGAGUAUUGUCUAUAGUAUGUUAACAUUUACAUUUACAUUUUAGUCAUUUAGCAGACGCUCUUAUCCAGAGCGACUUACAGUUAGUGAGUGCAUACAUUUUCAUACUGGCCCCCCGUGGGAAACGAACCCACAACCCUGGCGUUGCAAGCGCCAUGCUCUACCAACUGAGCUACAGACAAGACUCUUCACUGUUAACACGCUAUAGACAAGACUAUGCUUGCACACACCGUGCACACUAUAAUGCUGGGAGAGUGUGAGAGAAAGAGGGAAGAGAGAGGAGUUUUGAAGAGCUGGUCCCAGUUUAACACCCAGCCAAUUCCUGAGGUCCCAGAGAGAGGGAGACUGAUCUGUUUCCACAUGGAGGUAGAGAUAACAUCACUCUACCCAGCUGAUAAAGCACCCUGCAUGCAUCACUACACUCUCUGUGUGGGCCAUCACUCAAGGUCAAUUCCCCUUUAUGGCAAUAGGGAAUUGGAUUAAAGGUGUAAUCCCGACCCCAAUAAGGCAUGUUAAAUAGGUAAUCAGGGUAAAGAGAGGAAAACAUGUUGAUACAGUAUGGGAACUUGAUCAUAAAGACAGAUAGCUUUUCUCUCUCAGCAGCAGUGGUCAUGAAUUUAUACUGCACAGUUGUUUUCUAGCCUACGGACACUUCCACUCAUUCACAUCCAGCUAGUCACACUGUGUGGCUCACAGAGCUGCCACCCUCCUCCAGAAAGGCCACAGUGACACACCAGCAGUCUGGCCUGCCUGUAGCCAGUCAUCAGCCCACAGUGACACACCAGCAGUCUGGCCUGCCUGUAGCCAGUCAUCAGCCCACAGUCCUACGUGACAUCCACAGACUGCUCCUCUUCAAAACACAGCAAACACUCAAACAACCCACCAACAAUUAUACAGUCACGUGUUGAAUUAAUUGACCCCCCCCCCCCUCUCUGUCACCCCCACGGUGGUGGAAAUAGUGAUGUUAAUUCAUAUGUCCUGGGAUUGGUAGAGACCUCCACACAGAGACAGACCUCUACUUUGGGCUGUCCUGCUAGUCAUUAGAACUCCUUGUGGAGACUCUUGGGUCUUGGCCACAGCAGUUUGCUGAAAAAGUAUUAUUUUGUUUUAUAGCUGUAUCUUUUUGUCUUAAACUUCUGUUGAACACAGUAUAAUAUUCUCCACUGCAGUUUGCUAAAAAACCUUUUCAUUUUUUUAAAAAUAGCAUUAUUUAGAAGUCCUAAACGUCUGUAGAAUGUAGAAUGUUUUCCUGGUUAAGUCAUCUGUACACUCAGUGGCACAUGUCCUCUUCUACGGGCGCUGUGAGAGCCGGAAGGACACUGGUCCAAGUUACUGGCUUUAUGGACACCUGACUGGGCCAGGUGUUUAAAUGGCUGUUCUGUGACCAUCUUCCUCAGAUGGGCUUGAGGAAUCUGGCCCCGUGCUAUUCCCUAUGGGCCCUGAGCUUGAGGAACCUGGCCCUGUGCUAUUCCCUAUGGGCCCUGGGCUUGAGGAACCUGGCCCCGUGCUAUUCCCUAUGGGCCCUGGGCUUGAGGAACCUGGCCCUGUGCUAUUCCCCAUGGGCCCUGGGCUUGAGGAACCUGGCCCCGUGCUAUUCCCCAUGGGCCCUGGGCUUGAGGAACCUGGCCCCGUGCUAUUCCCUAUGGGCCCUGGGCUUGAGGAACCUGGCCCGUGCUAUUCCCUAUGGGCCCUGGGCUUGAGGAACCUGGCCCCGUGCUAUUCCCUAUGGGCCCUGGGCUUGAGGAACCUGGCCCCGUGCUAUUCCCUAUGGGCCCUGGUCAAAAGUAGUAAAUAGGAUGUCAUUUGGAACUCCGCCUCAUGUAUUGUAGCCCAGUUCUGUAAUGAGGUGUGUGUGUGUACUCCGGUCCUGUGUGGCUCAGUUGGUAGAGCAUAGCACCUGAAACGCCAGGGUUGUGGGUUCGAUUCCCACGGGGGGACCAGUACAAAUGAAAAUGUAUCCACUCACUACUGUAAGUGUCUCUAAAUAAGAGCGUCUGCUAAAUGACUAGCAUGUCAACGUACUGCUUUCCCUUGGAGAGUGGUCUGGUGGCUUGGGACGGGUCCAUUUGGGGCCCAGAGGGAUUGCCCAAUAGGGUGCCAUUUGGGGCCCAGAGGGAGUGUCCAUUUUCCAGCCUGCUCCGUUUUCAUGACGGCUAGCGACUAACUGCUACUUAACAGGAAUCCGGAACACAAACUUGCGGUCACAGCCAUAAAGGCUGACCGCGUCGUGGAAUCCGUAGCAAAACAAACUUUAGCUGUGAUUUACACGAUUUCAUUGAAACGACAGAGGGUAGACACUGUUCUGUUGCGCGCUUUGAUGACGUCUGGGAUCCACAGGGCUCUGGUCAAAGAGAGUGCACGAUAUAGGGAAUAGGGUGCCUUUUGGGACGUAUCCCAGGCCAGUAGAGCUGUGUGAAGAGCAGUGAGUUGCUAGGAGCUGAGGAAUGGAGAGUGAGAGUCAUUGUAAACCUCUAAUCUGUAAUUAAGUUGUAGAAAGAAAACCUCAAUAUUAUAUCGACAGUGUAGCUGCAGGUUUUAUAGUGUUAAAUAGCUCAUGUACGGCCGUCUGGAAAAACCUCUGUGCUGUAUCACAACUCUGCUACUGCUGGAGGACAAAUAAAUGAAUCCUAGUUGGAGAUGUAAAAUGGGGUGUUUUAUAAUUGUGUGAAUUACAGUGUGUGUGGUUGUGUUAUGCGCAGGGCCUGUUCAACAGUAACCAUGCAUUUCUGUUUUAUCAAGGUCUAGAUACACUAUACAUACAAAAGUAUGUGGACACCCCUCAAAUGAGUGGAUUCGGCUAUUUCAGCCACACCCGUUACUGACAGGUGUAUAAAAUCGAGCACGCAGCCAUGCAACCUCCAUAGACAAACAUUGGCAGUAGAAUGGCCUUACUGAAGAGCUCAGUGACUUUCAGUGUGGCACCUUCAUAGGAUGCCACCUUUCCAACAAGUCAGUUCGUCAAAUUUCUGCCUUGCUAGAGCUGCCCCGGUCAACUGUAAGUGCUGUUGUUGGGAAGUGGAAACAUCUAGGAGCAACAACUGCUCAGCCGCAAACUGGUAGGCCACCCAAGCUCACAGAACGCGAGUGCCGAAGCGCGUAAAAAUCGUCUGUCCUCGGUUGCAACACUCACUACCGAGUUCCAAACUGCCUUUGGAAGCAACGUCAGCACAAGAACUGUUCGUCAGGAGCUUCAUGAAAUGGGUUCCAUGGCCAAGCAGCCACUCACAAGCCUAAGAUCACCAUGCGCAAUGCCAAGUGUCGGCUGGAGGGGUGUAAAGCUCGCCGCCAUUGGACUCUGGAGCAGUGGAAACGCGUUCUCUGGAGUGAUGAAUCACGCUUCACCAUCUGGCAGUCCGACAGACAAAUAUGAGUUUGGCGGAUGCCAGGAGAACACUACCUGCCCCAAUGCAUAGUGCCAACUGUAAAGUUUGGUGGAGGAGGAAUAAUGGUCUGGGGCUGUUUUUCAUGGUUCGGGCUAUGCCCCUUAGUUUCAGUGAAGGGAAAUCUUAACGCUACAGCAUACAAUGACAUUCUAUACGAUUCUGUGCUUCCAACUUUAUGGCAACAGUUUGGGGAAGGCCCGUUCCUGUUUCAACAUGACAAUGCCCCUGUUCUCAAAGCAAGGUCAAUACAGAAAUGGUUUGUCGAGAUCGGUGUGGAAGAACUUGACUGUUCUGCACAGAGCCCUGACCUCAACCCCAUCGAACACCUUAGGGAUGAAUUGGAACGCCGACUGCGAGCCAGACCUAAUUGCCCAACAUCAGUGCCCGACCUCACUAAUGGUCUUGUGGCUGAAUGGAAACAAAUCCCUGCAGCAAUGUUCCAACAUCUAGUGGAAAGCCUUCCCAGAAGAGUGGAGGCUGUUAUAGCAGACAAAGGGGGGACGAACUCCAUAUUAAUACCAAUGAUUUUGGAAUGAGAUGUUGGAUGAACAGGUGUCCACAUACUUUUGGUCAUGUAAUGUACCUUGUUUCAGAACAACAGAAUAAAUAUGUAAUACCGUUAUGACCCAUGGAGAACAAACUAACUGACAGGAUAUUUAUAGUCUGAGUUAGUCCAUCUGUUUCUCGCUGCUGCUUAAUGAUUGUCAUGUCUUAUGUAGGGUUGAAUAGCGGGAACCCAGUUACCGAUUUACCGGCCAAAACCAUUCCCUUUUCCCGGGAUAAAUAACUGCGAGAAACCGGUAAAUUAUUUAUAUGAACAGCAUGACGUGAAAUGGAACUGUUCAAUUAUAUGCGAUGUCUAAAUAUGGCUUCUCUAGGGCCUUCUCUCUACCAUCAACGCUCAGGUUGGGGACAGACAGCCCAUCUCAGUAUGGAGUGCAGUUCACAAUGCAUGUAGGCCUAUCAUCUCAUCAUGGAAACAAUGCAUGUAGACCUAUCAUCUCAUCAUGGAAACAAUGCAUGUAGACCUAUCAUCUCAUCAUGGUAACAAUGCAUGUAGACCUAUCAUCUCAUCAUGGUAACAAUGCAUGUAGACCUAUCAUCUCAUCAUGGUAACAAUGCAUGUAGACCUAUCAUCUCAUCAUGGUAACAAUGCAUGUAGACCUAUCAUCUCAUCAUGGAAACAAUGCAUGUAGACCUAUCAUCUCAUCAUGGAAACAAUGCAUGUAGACCUAUCAUCUCAUCAUGGUAACUUUUUUUUAUUGUAACAGGUAGGCCUGCAUUUGCUGCAGCAUAGCCUAUGCUACAGUAUUAUAAAGACAGAAUGCGCGUCUAAUUUACACAUCUCCAUCUGGCUUUUGGCGGUCACCUUGUUUUUUUAUUGUAAAGAUUAUUAUUUUUUAAUUGCAGGUGCAGUUUUAAAACGGCCUAUCACUUGAAAAUCAUUCCUUUAAAUCAGUGCAUGCUCGAGCACUCUCUCUGUCUUUCUCAAUUCCAUUCAAAUUGCAUCCAAAAUAGAUAAUCCAGUUCAAGAUUGAUAUAGUUGUCCUAGCCUACCUCUUUCAGGUAAUACAUUCAAUGCAGUAAUAGCCUUAUAUUUAGCUAAUUAAUGAUGGGUUAUGCAUAAUAAGCUUCUAACUUAUAGCCUCUGUCUCUUUUGCAAUACGCACGCACCUGUGCUCCGCUGGCCUGUCCUUAAAAAAAACGCUCCUUAGCAAGAAGAGCGAAUGAAGAAAGAAAGAAGAGUAAAUGCGCGAUGGUGGUAGGCUAUAGCAGUCAUUUAUUCAGACCCGUAACCAUUAAAUCUUCGUGGAGAGAAGUGAAGUCCGUCUGCAUCUAAUUCUAGUCCUGUAUUAUUAUAUUAUUCAGCAUGUCAUUACAAUGAUGAAGAUGAGGACAAUGAAACGUAUUUCAUGUAACUGUUAAAAGAGAGGAAGGAAGGAAACAACAGAGAGAGAAAAAGAGGCGGGCUAAUAACAUCAGGGGAAAUGAGUCCGCCUACUAAUUAUACAAAUAGGCCCUAUUAUAUUUCAAAAUCAAAAUCAAAUUCGCUAGCCUAUACUUGUAACUUUGUAGGCCACAUGUGCUGCACCAGAAUCGCAUGUUCUCGCCUUUAUCAUGAUUUGAACGAUGUGCGUAAUUCCAGUCCAUAUAAUACAGUAUAAUACAAUACAGUACAGUAAUACAGUUCACACUCAAAAAGAUUAGCCUACUGGAGCUAGUUUCAUUUAUUUACCCAAGAGAGCAUAUAGCUAGCUACAUCUAGGGGCUUUUAUGUUUUUCUGUCGUGCAUAAUGUGCAUUAGCCCUAUAUAUCAUAUAUGUAUUGGAUAACGGCACAAUCAUUUAGGCUUUUUUGGGCUUGGGCUCAUAAAAUGUAUUUUAAUGUAGGGUUUAUAAAAUGUCUUUAAUGUAUGGUUUAUAAAAUGUCUUUAAUGUAGGGUUUAUAAAAUGUCUUUAAUGUAGGGCUCAUAAAAUGUCUUUAAUGUAGGGUUUAUAAAAUGUCUUUAAUGUAGGGUUUAUUAAAUGUCUUUAAUGUAGGGUUUAUAAAAUGUCUUUAAUGUAGGGCUCAUAAAAUGUCUUUAAUGUAGGGUUUAUAAAAUGUCUUUAAUGUAGGGCUCAUAAAAUGUAUUUAAUGUAGGGUUUAUAAAAUGUCUUUAAUGUAGGGUUUAUUAAAUGUCUUUAAUGUAGGGUUUAUUAAAUGUCUUUAAUGUAGGGCUCAUAAAAUGUCUUUAAUGUAGGGUUUAUAAAAUGUCUUUAAUGUAUGGUUUAUUAAAUGUCUUUAAUGUAGGGUUUAUUAAAUGUCUUUAAUGUAGGGUUCAUAAAAUGUCUUUAAUGUAUGGUUUAUAAAAUGUAUUUAAUGUAGGGUUUAUUACAUUUCUUUAAUGUUAGGGAUUAUUAAAUGUCUUUAAUGUAGGGUUUAUUAAAUGUCUUUAAUAUAUGGCUCAUCAGGCUCAGGUAGCAUCAGGCUUGAAUUUUCGAUCAAAUCUCUAAUCAAAUCGAGACAUAGGCAUAUUUACAGCACAUGCUUAAUAUGCUUUUGAAUUACACUUCCGGUUUUGGCGGGAAAUACCGAGUUACCCGGAAGAAAAGGGAUUUAUUCUCGGGAUGGAACAUUUGUAAAAUUCAAACCUAGUCUGUCUGCUAAUACUUUCCAUAUAGAGGACCAGAACGGGUCUGGUCCUCUAUAACGCACCCACACCCACACGCACAGCACAGCACAGAGAGCAGACUGCUGCCUGAACAUGGAGGUGAAUAGUGUUGUGUUUCUUCCCUGUAUUCCACUGAGGAGUCUGCUUGACUUGGGGCUGAGUUGCUGAGCUCAUGUAAAGGUUGGUUUUUCCAGUCAUUUUAUGGGUGAACAGUUUUAAGUGGGCUUCUUCCCUGUGGUCUGAGGCACAGGUGCUGGCUGUGUCAAUUGUUUACAGAAGUUCCGAGCGGCACGAUGGCUCACAGAGCGGGCUAGAGGGGUAGAGGGGUAGAGGGGUAGAGGGGGGUGGUGUAGGGCUCUGGGCCGGGCGGGGAGCGGGCCUCGGUCGGCGGUGAAACGGGUAAAUUAGAUCCAGAGUGGGAAUAGCAGGAGGCACAGAGCUGUUUUACUGCCCAACUCAGAACUCAGUCUGCAGGUGUGACAGGAGCCUUCUGACUGACCCCACCACCACACUAUAUAGUCACACACACACAUACAUACACACAGUCUUGUAUAACUGACGUAGUGGGGACACACAAUUCAGUCCCAUUCAAAAUCCUAUUUUCCCUAACCCCUAGUUAAACACGUCCAGUACACACACACACACACACACACACACGCACGCACACACACACACACGCACGGCGCAACACGUAAAGGAAGUGUACGCACACAUAACUUUGUACAUGUGUAUUUUGGUAGUGUGAAAAUAGCAGAACAGUCUCCCUAUUCAUGGUCUCUGUUUUCUCCAAGGAGUCCUGUAUUAAGCCUUGUUAAGGAUCAGCUGUGUCACAGCCUCACAGAGACAUGCUAGAUACAGGAAGACUAACAUUUAGCUUGGAGAAUGAGGAAAAAGCAUUAAAGGUUUAUAUGUUUGACUCAGAGUGACUGUUUAACAGUACUGGCCAGGAAUGAAUAAUGCUAUUGCUCCUGUGGUUAAGACAAUUUAUUGCUGUAUAUUUUCAUAUUUGAUGGUCAACUCCCCUGCCUGUAAUAUUUUAACUUCUUUCUUACUUUGUUGAGUAAUGAGCUCACCAUGUAUGUUGUUCCUCUGCAGCUUCUGCUGUUUACAUGGUGAGCUGUUAGUAGAGUACUGGUAACGCUGCAGGAUAGCUCCCCCAGAACCACUGACACCACACAUGGAGAACUGCUCUCUCGCUCUCUCGCUCUCUCUCGCUCUCUCGCUCUCUCGCUCUCUCGCUCUCUCUCUCUCUCUCUCUCUCUCUCUCUCUCUCUCUCUCUCUCUCUCUCUCUCUCUCUCUCUCUCUCUCUCUCUCAUUGACAUCAUAUUGAAAUGCAUUUUGUGGUAUUCUCCAAUUCAAUAAUCAUGAAUCUGACCACCUGAACACCCCAUUUAUAACACUUACGUUUUUGGCAGUAUGAGCUUUUGUUCUUCUUUGCAUUCCUAGUCCAGGCAGCAUUUCUAA